CAGGACCUGUCAGUGUGAGGUGCUGCUUUCUUCCCGAGCUGUCGGAGCGAUGUGGCCUUUUGGUGACGUGCGGGCUGGGGGCCUUGGGCUCUAUUUAAUCCUAGUGAUCGGACUAUGGCGGGUCCUGGCCGGUGCUGGAGCCGUGUGGCCGCAGGGGGCGGCGGGGAGCAGCAGGGAGCGGAGGAGCGCGGGGCUCGUGGAGCGAGCUGCCGGGGAGGAGAUGUGCAGUGACCCAGGGCCCUUCCAUGACCGGCUGGCCAAGGAUACCCACACGGUGCGGGGCCAGGGGCUGUGUAUGGGGGUCACAGGGGACCUGGGAUUCCAGUUACAGAGAGUGUGACCCUGCUGCAUGCUGUCAGUAUACUCUGUGUUACUGCCUGGCACAGUGACCCUGCUUCAUGCUGUCAGUAUACUCUGUGUUACUGCCUGGCACAUUGACCCUGCUUCAUGCUGUCAGUAUACUCUGUGUUACUGCCUGGCACAGUGACCCUGCUGCAUGCUGUCAGUAUACUCUGUGUUACUGCCUGGCACAGUGACCCUGCUGCAUGCUGUCAGUAUACUCUGUGUUAGUGACCCUGCUGCAUGCUGUCAGUAUACUCUGUGUUACUGCCUGGCACAGUGACCCUGCUUCAUGCUGUCAGUAUACUCUGUGUUACUGCUUGGCACUGACCCUGCUUCAUGCUGUCCGUAUACUCUGUGUUACUGCCUGGCACAGUGACCCUGCUUCAUGCUGUCAGUAUACUCUGUGUUAUGGCACAGUGACCCUGCUUCAUGCUGUCAGUAUACUCUGUGUUACUGCCUGGCACAGUGACCCUGCUGCAUGCUGUCAGUAUACUCUGUGUUACUGCCUGGCACAGUGACCCUGCUUCAUGCUGUCAGUAUACUCUGUGUUACUGCCUGGCACAGUGACCCUGCUUCAUGCUGUCAGUAUACUCUGUGUUACUGCAUGGCACAGUGACCCUGCUGCAUGCUGUCGGUAUACUCUGUGUUACUGCCUGACACAGUGACCCUGCUUCAUGCUGUCAGUAUACUCUGUGUUACUUCCUGGCACAGUGACCCUACUGCAUGCUGUCAGUAUACUCUGUGUGGCUGGCACAGUGACCCUGCUGCAUGCUGUCGGUAUACUCUGUGUUACUGCCUGGCACAGUGACCCUGCUGCAUGCUGUCGGUAUACUCUGUGUUAGUGCCUGGCACAGUGACCCUGCUGCAUGCUGUCGGUAUACUCUGUGUUAGUGCCUGGCACAGUGACCCUGCUGCAUGCUGUCGGUAUACAAGUGCUCAAGUACAGACCUCUGCUGCAUGCUGUCGGUAUACUUGUUAGUGCCUGGCACAGGUAGUAAUUCCUGUUGCAUGCUGUCGGUAUACUUGUGUUAGGUGCUCUCGGCACAGUGACCCUAAGCGUAUGCUGUCAGUAUACUUGCUACUGCUCGGCACAGGACCCUGGGUUGCAUGCUGUCAGUAUACUUGUGUUACUGCUCUGCUACAGUGACCCUGCUGCAUGCUGUCAGUAUACUCUUUGUUACUGCCUGGCACAGUGACCCUGCUUCAUGCUGUCAGUAUACUCUGUGUUACUGCCUGGCACAGUGACCCUGCUUCAUGCUGUCGGUAUACUCUGUGUUAGUGCCUGGCACAGUGACCCUGCUUCAUGCUGUCCGUAUACUCUGUGUUAGUGACCCUGCUGCAUGCUGUCAGUAUACUCUGUGUUACUGCCUGGCACAGUGACCCUGCUGCAUGCUGUCAGUAUACUCUGUGUUAGUUACCCUGCUGCAUGCUGUCAGUAUACUCUGUGUUACUGCCUGGCACAGUGACCCUGCUGCAUGCUGUCAGUAUACUCUGUGUUACUGCCUGGCACUGACCCUGCUGCAUGCUGUCCGUAUAUACUCUGUGUUACUGCCUGGCACAGUGACCCUGCUUCAUGCUGUCAGUAUACUCUGUGUUACUGCUUGGCACUGACCCUGCUUCAUGCUGUCCGUAUACUCUGUGUUACUGCCUGGCACAGUGACCCUGCUUCAUGCUGUCAGUAUACUCUGUGUUAGUGACCCUGCUGCAUGUUGUCAGUAUACUCUGUGUUAGUGACCCUGCUGCAUGCUGUCGAUAUACUCUGUGUUAGUGCCUGGCACAGUGACCCUGCUGCAUGCUGUCAGUAUACUCUGUGUUACUGCCUGGCACAGUGACCCUGCUUCAUUCUGUCAGUAUACUCUGUGUUACUGCCUGGCACAGUGACCCUGCUGCAUGCUGUCAGUAUAGUCUGUUACUGCCUGGCACAGUGACCCAGCUUCAUGCUGUCCGUAUACUCUGUGUUAGUGCCUGGCACAGUAACCCUGCUUCAUGCUGUCAGUAUACUCUGUGUUAGUGACCCUGCUGCAUGCUGUCGGUAUACUCUGUGUUAGUGCCUGGCACAGUGACCCUGCUUCAUGCUGUCAGUAUACUCUGUGUUAGUGCUUGGCACAGUGACCCUGCUUCAUGCUGUCGGUAUACUCUCUUACAGGGAAACUCACCCUGUCUUUGUUUGUUUUGGGAAGCAUUAAAUCUCCCCCAAAUUAAAAUAAUGCGUGUGUGUAUGUAUGUGUGUGUGUGUGUGUGUGUGUGUGUAUAUAUAUAUAUAUAUAUAUAUAUAUAUAUAUAUAUAUAUAUAUAUAUAUAUAUAUAUAUAUAUAUAUAUAUAUAUAUAUAUAUAUAUGUGUAUGUAAAUGUAUAUAAAUUUAGUUUACUGUUUAAGGAGCAAAACAACUAUUUAAAGAGUUGACUGUUUUUUCCGCAUUGCUUUUAAAAGAUUUUAGCUCCGUAUUAAAUAAUUGUGGUUUUUUUUUUGUGUAGUUUCUUGAAAAAAAUAUUUGUGUGUGUGUGUGUGUGUGUGUGUGUGUGAGAUAUAGAUAGAUAUAUCUAUCUAUCGCCUAUUUAUUUUAUUCAUUUAAUGGUUAGGUCAGGUAGCUUAAAUAGUUUUAUAUUGUAUUCUUCUAAUACCAUCCCCAGUGAUAGCGUAUCGAUUUCUCUCUAGAAAAUGCCAUUGUUUUAACAUGUGUAGGACAUAUUUGUUAUGAAUGGCUGUACUCUCUCCCAAAGGUCCUUCACCAAUGUCAUGUGGCAUGACUGUUUACUGUUGUUGUUGUUAUUAUUGCAAUUACUGUACUUUGAAAAGACAGGCCUGGAUUAAAGUAGUAUUUUGCUUUACCUGCUGCAAACCCUACUGACGUUUUAGUAGUUGCUGUGCAGCCAUGAUGGCCAUAACCAUGAAGUUAGGCAGAUAGAUGCCAGUGUAUUCUCAGGAUAGAGCUCCCCUUUGUCCUAUUAUUUGGCUCACUUUAACUAGGUUACUUUCAUAAUCUUUGUUGCUGGAACAUUUUUAUACAGAGUGUUUGUUUGUGUAUGUACGUGUGUGUCUGUCUGUCUGUCUGUCUGUCUGUCUGUCUAUCUAUCUAUCAUAUUACAGGCUUAUUGCUGGAUUAAAUAACUGGAUGAUCUGUUUCCAUUGUACUGGCUUUGUUGGCAUGAUGCAUCCACACAUUAGAGUGAAGUUUUGUACAAAUAGUAAAUACUGUUGCACCUGUCUAGAUCUGCAAGGCAACAAAAAAUAUACAAAGAAAAUUGUCAGGGGAAAACCUGAUAGUUUCCAUUUGAUUAUGGCAUAGCUCUGCUCCAAACGCUUGAAGGUUCAUAGCUUGGUGGAACCUGCACAUCCGGUUUGGCAGGUUUAGUGUAAUGAUGCUUAUUUUCAUGAGUGACCUUCCCUGGGGCGCUGUCAUAUGUGCAGUCUCUGCUUACAUAAACAGAUUUUCUUGUUCAAAGUUUAAAAAAAAAUAUUCGUGCCACUCUUAGACCUUUUAUGACAUUAUUUGGCAGAAUAUGUUUGACAACUACAACCACUAAAAACCAAAAUGAAAAUUGUUGGGGUAAAGAAAUAAGCAUAUUGUGAAUAUAACUGAGUUAAAGAAAUGUUCAAAGUUGAAACAGAAUACUAAAAUCAAGCAAUAUCCAGUCAAUGUUCAGCAUUUGUCUUUAGUGAAUAAACCUCCUGAAGGUUGUAAUUCACAAAAAUUUAAAUUGUUAACCAUAUUGCAGAAUCAAUUGAAUUUAAACGAUCACUUCCCAAUAUUUGGUAUUAUUUUUACUUAGACUUAUUUGUUAGCUAUAGGGGCUUUAUGAAGUGUGAAAACCAAAAUGAAACGUAUUAUCUUGCAACUAGGUUCCUCCAUUUUGGCUCUCACAAAUUGUUAUAAACUCUGUCCUUGGUCCCUAAUAGUCAGCAUAGAGAGAACAUACGGAGUUGAGAAGAAAUGAAACAAUUGGGGGUGUGGUUUAAAGUACUAAAAGUGGAACAAUCACCAUAUAAACGAGAAGAAUCAGUUGAUACAUUGUAUUGGUGAUCCUCUCCUUUCACAUUGUUGAAUUAUUUUUAUAACAGAACAUUAACCCCUUCACGACGGAGUCAAUAGUACACAUUCUGAUCAAAACAAAAUGUAAACAAAAACUGGUCUUUGCGCUAUAUGUCUGUUCAACUGUAAUUAACAUCUUUCAUAUGAAGUGCACCCACACUGAUUAUAUAUCAUUAUGUUCAGGAGAAACUGGGCUUUAAUUUCUCAUGAACUAUUCAUAUUUGAAACAUAAUUUAUUAUGAAUAAAAUUUAAAAAAAACUGUGAGAAAUUAAUAUUUCAAAAAAAAAAUUUGUAGACAUUUAUCUGUAAAUGUCAUAAUACAGUUGGCUAUAACUGCAUUAAAAAAAAAAAAAAAAUUUUGGAUUCAGCAAAGUCUCACGAGUACAACAGUACCCCCCAUUAACAGUUUUUACAGUGUUUUGGAAAGUUAAAGAGUCAAAUAAAGCACAUUCCAUUUUUCAGUUUUUUUUUUUUCAAAUUGAAAUUCGCCAGGUUGAUUAUGUUGCCUUUAAGACUGUGUGGUAGCCCAGGAAUGAGAUUUACCCCCAAGAUGGCAUACCAUUUGCAGAAGUAGACAACCCAAGGUAUUGCAAGUGGGGUUUGUCCAGUCUUUUAUAGUAGCCACUUAGUCACAAACACUGGCCAAAGUUAGCGUUCAUAUUUGUUUUUGUGUGAUAUAUGUCAUUCUAAGUGUAUUUUAAGAUUAAUAUAUGUACUUUAUAUUAACAUUAAAAUACAUUACGUAUCACGUUACAUGUAUGUGUGUGUGUGUAUAUAUGUAUAUAUGUGUGUGAUAUAUAUAAUUUUAUUUUAAACUUUUCUAAUAAUAUAUUUAUUUUUCUUCCCACCAGCAGCUCAAACAGUCCCCCUGCUGGCAGAUCCACAGCCAGCUAUAGGGGGCCAUGUGAUCGCUCUUUGAGAGCGAUCACAUGGGCCCCCGGGGGCCUCAUUUGCCGGGGGAGGGCUGUCUGGGCUGUUAGGCAGUCCUCCCAGGAGGUAAGUAAAUCUCACCUCCUGGGGCAGAAAGCCAUUACGGCGUUCUAUGCCGCCGCAACGGCUUUAAAGCCCAUUUAAUGCGGGACGGCAUAGAAUGCUGUAACGGCGUUAAGGAGUUAACCCCUUAAGGACUGGACUGUUUUUGCAAUGUUGUACAUUUGCGACCAGGCCUCUUUUUACACUUUUGUGGUGUUUGUGUUUAGCUGUAAUUUUCUGCUCUCUCAUUUACUGUUCCUAUACAAAUUAUAUAUUGUUUUUUUCAGGACAAAAAAGGCUUUCUUUACAUACCAUUAUUUAUAUAAUCUCAUGUAAUUUAAUUUAAGAAAAAAAAAUAUGAUGAAAAAUUUUAAAAAAUACAUGUUUUUUGACUUUUACUUGAAACAUUUUUUUUACUCAUCUACAAAAGCGAAUAAAAAAAAAAACUGCUAAAUAGAUUCAAAAUUUUGUCCUGAGUUUUAAAAUACCCAGUGUUUUACAUGCUUUUUUUUUUGCAAGUUAUAGGGCUAUAGGUACAAGUAGGAUAUUGCGGUUUCAAAACAUACAUUUUUUUUCAAAUUUAUCAAUGGUGACAUUGUAACACUAUUAUAUGUCAUAAAUCUCUGAAUAACACCCCACAUGUACAUAUUGUUUAUAAAGUAGACAACCCAGGGUAUUCAAUAUGGGGUAUAUCCAGUUUUUUUUUUUUUUUUUAGUAGCCACCUAGUCGCAAACACUGGCCAAAGUUAGUGUUCCUAUUUGUUUGUGUGUGAAAAAAGUAAACUAAAUUGAAUGCUAAUUUUGGCCAGUGUUUGGGCUACUAAAAAAGACUGGACAUAGCCCAUUUGCAAUACCUUGUGUUGUCUUUCUUUGCAAAUGGUAUGCCAUCAUGGGGGUAAUUCUCAUUCCUGGGCUACCAUAUGCUCUCAAAGGCAAUGUAACCAACCUGGCCAUUUUCAAUGUAAAAAUAUUUGACCCAUAUAUUUGACCCUGUAACUUUCAAAAAGCUAUAAAAUCUGUACAUGGGGGAUACUGUUAUACUCGGGAGACUUUGCUGAACACAAAUUUUAAUGUUUCAAAACAGGAAAACGUAUCACAACAAUUAUAUCAUCAGUAAAAGUGCUGUUUGUGUGUGAAAAAUGCAAAAUGGGUCACUUUCACUGACAAUAUCAUCACUGUUAUAUGUUUUACUGUUUUGAAUCGCUAAUAUUUGUGUUCAGCGCAGUGUGUGUGUGUGUGUGUGUGUGUGUAUGUAUGUGUAUAUAUAUAUAUAUAUAUAUAUAUAUAUAUAUAUAUAUAUAUAUAUAUAUAUAUGUGUGUGUGUGUGUGUGUGUGUAAUUAUUUUUUAACCCCUUAAGAACAGAGAUUCAAAAGCUUGUCUUUCACUUAAUGACAACAGCAUUUUUUUCAUUUUUUGCUGUUUGCGUUCAACUGCAAUUUGCAUUUUACUAAUUUGUUGCACCAACACAUAUUAUACAUUGUUUUUUAAAGGCCAAAAGGGCUUUAAUUUGAUGUAACACACAUAUAUAUAUAUAAAUGCUUAUUUAUUAUAAAAAAAAAUACAGAAAAAUGUAAAAAAAAUAUUGUUUUUUUGUUUUUUUACAGUUUUUGCAAUAAUAAUGUGUGCAUAAUUAGUGCAUGUUAAGAAAAGUAAUUAAAAAUUAAUUUAGUUGUUCUGAUUUACAGAAUAUAUAAUGUGUCUGGGAUUUUUUUUUUUUUUGGUAGUUACAGGUCACAAAGCACAAGGACUAAAAUAGACUUUUAAUGUGGAGCGAUCUUAGAAUUUGGUAUGUUUGUCUUGUAAGCUUAAUAGCCAUAAAAGAAAACAAAAUUGCCACACAAGUAUAUAUUUAUAUAAAGUAGACAUCACGGGCUAUUUACCUAAGGUUGUUUUGACGUAGCCAUUUCACCGCCAACCUCUGCUAAAUAUUGGAGUAAAAUUGUGGGGUUUUUAUUUAUUUAUUUAUUUAUUUUUGGCACACAAACUUAUAACAAAGAAAUUCUCGUGUAUAUUUUGUAAAGUUGGUGUGUGUGCUAUUCCUGUACAAAGUUUUAUUUUGUGUUCAGUUACAUCUGCUGAGUAAAAGGACACCCUCAUUGUAUGUCUUUGGCACUAUUUCGUGAAGUUACAGUGCCAUACAGGAUACCUGUCCUUUUCAGUAUUCACAGUAGCAUUUUGAGAGAUGGAUUUAAUGAGCCUUAGCUUCCGUUUGGGGUAUUAUAGUAGUUUGACUGUUCAAAAAAAACCCACAAAGGCCUACCAUUUGUAAAAGUAGACACUCCAGGGUAUCUCAUAAGGUGCAUAUUGUGCCUUAACAUGCCCCCAUUUUUUCACCAAUACAUGCCAAAGUAUGUGGUAAAAAAUAAUUUUGUGCAUUUUUUACAUAAGGAUUACAUUUUUGCUGGGCGUUUUGUAUAUUUCAUAUGUGCCACUAAAUUCAAACCCCCCAAAUUAUGCUCAGCUAAGUAUUCUGAGUAAAAGGACACCCCCAAUGAAUGUUUUUGGCACUAUUUCGUGGAGCUACAGUGCCAUAUAGGAGACCAAGCCAUAUCUGUUUUUACCGAACUUUGAAUUUUGACGCUGGGCCUAUGUGCAAUUUCCAAGCAUCUUUGCAGGUUUUAAAUUCAAACUACCCCACAAAGACCUACCAUUUCUUAAAGUAGACAACCCAGGGUAUUUCAAAAAGUAUAUUUUGAACCUUAGCGUGGGAUAAUUUUUUCGCUAGCUUGUACCAGAUGUAGUGGUAAUAAGCGUUUUUUUCUGCUUUUUUGACAUACAAAGUGAGUUUGCGCAGCAUAUUUUGCAAACCUUAUGUGUGCUAUGACUGUAUAAUACUUCAUAUGUUGCUCAGCUAUGUCGGCUGAGUACAGCAAUACCCCCGUAUGUACCUUUGCCAGGUAUAUGUGGAUGUUGAAGGGGCGCAUUUGAGACGCAGCCAUUCAGUUUUUUUCUAACUUUGAAGUUUUACGCUGUGUCCGUGUUCCAAUUUGGAGUAGUUUAGAUGGUUGGUUAUUGAAACUUCCCCCCCAAACACAUACUAUUUAUUAAAGAAUACACCCUGGGGUAAUUCAAAAGGCAUAUUUUGAACCUUGGCGUCGGAUAAUUUUUUCUCUAGUUUUUAAAAUGUAUUUUUUUUUUUACUUUAACUUUUUUACUUUUAAAAACUAGUUUUUAAACUUUUGUUCUGCUUAUUAAUUUUUUUAAACUUUCUUAAAACCUUUUUACAGAUUUAACAUUUUUCUAAGCUUUUUUUUUUUUUUUUUACCGUUAACCCCUAACUAGCAGUAAGCAGCAUUAACAGUAAAUUCCCCAAUUUCCCAUAACUCCCACCCACCCCAGCUAGCAAAAUAUAUAGUUAUAAAAUAUUUAAAUUAUUAAUUAAAUAAAUUGAACCCCUGAGGGUUAAAAAAUAAAUAAAAGUUAAUCCUCAGGGGUAAAAAAAAAAUUAGAUCACAGUAUAAUACUGUGAUCUGUAUUUGAUCACUGUAGGCAGUGAUCGACUGGCAGGCAAGGUGUUAAUUUUUAUUUGGACUGGGUAAAGGGGGGUGUUUAUUUUUUAUUUUUUUCUUCUUAAACGUUAUUAAAACUUUUUUUAAGCUUAAUUUUUAACUUUUUAAAGUUUAUUUUAAAACUUUUUUAACGUUAACCCCUAGUUAGCCUAACGCCAAAUCCCCCAAUUCCCCACUAACUUCCACCCACGUCAGCUAGCUAAAUAUAUAAUUUUUAAAAUAUUUUAAUUAAUUAAAUAAAUUUUAACCCCUGACGGUUAAAAAAUUUUUUUUUUAAAUUAACCCUCAGGGGUUAAAAAAAAAAUCAGAUCAUAGUAAAAUGUAAUCCCUGCCAAUUUAUCACUGUAGUCAGUGAUCAAUUGGCAGGGAAGGGGUUAAUUUUUUAUUACAAUGGAUAAAGGGGGGGUUGGACUUUAAACUAACUUUAUUUUUUUUUACAGCAGGGGGCAGGAUCAGCACUGUUCCGGCACCCUGCACUUCACACAGAACCAGGAAGUGCAGGGAGGCGGAAGGUAAGUAUACAGAGCACAUGCGCUCGCUCUGACUUGCGGUCAGAGUGAGCACAUGUGCUGGGCAGCCUGACCGGGUGCUCCCGUUAUGCCUCUAAUACAGAGGCAGACUGGUGCUCCAUUAACCCCGGGAUCGCCGCAAUAGCGGCGAUCCGUGGUUAAUUUUACCGCGUGACGGACAAGGUCCGUCACUCGUCAUUAAGGGUCUCCCCUCUGUGACGGACCUCGUCCGUCACCCGUCCUGAAGGGGUUAAUAUAAGUGUAUUUUUAUAUUUUUAAUUUUUAGUGUAUUUUUUAAUAUAAGUGUAUUUUUAUAUUACUAUAUGUACAUAUUAAUAUAAAAAUACACUUAGCAUGAUAUAUAUAUAUAUAUAUAUAUAUAUAUAUAUAUAUAUAUAUAUAUAUAUAUAUAUAUUGUGUGUGUGUGUGUGUGAUUUCUGUUUAACAUUGUAUUAAAAAAAAAAAUAUAUAUAAAUAUAUAUAUAUAUAUAUAUAUAUAUAUAUAUAUAUUACAAUGUUAAACAAAAAUCUGCACACCAAUCAAGUCAUAAAACUUGCUUUUCCCACAGAAAUCCCAAAUCUGCAGUGAUGUUACAACCGCAAAGGAUUCUGGGUGGACAUAUGCAAAUUAGUUUAACAAAGAAUCACAUUUUUGCCUCAUUCCAUUUUAAACAUGGAUUCCUUUUAAUUUGUGUUUGCAGUAUACAACUGCUUGGAACACAAUUUAGGAAAAGAUGCAAAACCAGUGAACCACUCAUGGACAGCUGUUUCGUUGUUAAUGCAGUUGUAUACUGCAAACACAAAUUAAAAGGAAUCUUAUGGCUUGACUGGUGUGCAGAUUUUUGUUUAACAUUGUAUUAACUAUCCACAGACUUCAGGUGGAAGGGGUUUUCAAUCACAAUUUUACCCACCGUAAUAUUUAUAUAUAUAUAUAUAUAUAUAUAUAUAUAUAUAUAUAUAUAUAUAUAUAUAUAUAUAUAUAUAUAUAUAUAUAUAUAUAUAUAUAUUACAUUUUUUUAUUAAUAUUAACUUACAUUUUUUUUUUUUUAAUGAUUUUUACACUAGCAGGGAGCGAUCACAGGGGUCCUAAUCUGCCAUGGGGAGACUGUCUGGGCUGCAGGCAGUCUCCCCACACCGGAAGCACUGCUGAUCGCCGCCGGUGGAACGACGGCGAUCGGGUAAGUACAUAAGACCGUUAGGACGGUUCAGGACAUCACCGGUCGGCAAUGGAAAAAUGCCAAUGACGGUCCUGAGCCGUCCUCGGUCGUUAAGGGCUUAAAUCACUUUUUGUUUUUGUUUAUGCAGCCUUAGCCACACCUCACCUGGCUGUGACUGACACAGCCUGCAUAAAAACAAAGUGGUUUCAUUUUCAAUCAGAUGUAGCUUAUUUUUAAAAGUUUUUAUCUCCUGCUCUGUAAAUUGAUUUUACUCAUGCACAGGGUCCCUGCAAAGUAUGGCAAGCUUUUAACAGAGCAGUACAUAAGUACUUCUAAAUGAUACAGACUUUGCAAUAAAUGAAGUGUAAACAUUAAAUUACGCUUUACAGGAAUUGUUUAGGAAGGCUGGGCAAGUCAUGUGCAGGGAGGUGUGAUUGUGGUGCAUAAACAAAGUGAUUUUAACUCAUAAAUGGCAGAGAAAUGAGCAGUGAGACUGCAGGGGCACGAUCUAUACACCAAAACUACUUUAUUAGGCUAAAAUUGUUUUGGUUACUAUAGUGUCCCUUUAAUACAUUUUAAAAGAAAACAGAGCAUCUCAUUUGGGGGGAAGGUGGGGGUUGGGGGGUCCCAUUGCUUUAUUCAAUGGUAUAAUUUCUAAAGAUUAAAGAUUAAUUAAAGAGUUUGAGUGUUUAAGGGAACACUAUAGUCAUCCAGACCACUUAAUCUAAAUGAGGGUUUAAGUCCACCUCUAGCGGCUGUAAGUAUGACAGCCACAAAAGGCACUUAUGCCGCAAUGACAGAGUAUUUAGUCAUGUGAUGCAAAAGCCGUGGUGCUGGAACAAGGUAAAUAAAAAAGGGUUUUUAACAGAACAUGUGAUGGACUUAAUACCACCAGGGACAGGGAUACUAUAACAUUUGAUUUGAAUUCCUAAAACGGUGCUCCUUUAACAGAAUUUCAGAGUAAAAUGUUUAGAAAUUAGUCUCUGUGAAUAACAUACUUUUGUUGUUGGUGUCAUGACCUGAAUAACCCUAUGUAAUUGAAGUAGGUUUCAAACUCUGUUCUUGGUGCAAAUUAUUGGUGUUUAAAGCAAAUCAAGGGUGUCACGGUGUACUGUAAUGCUAGGGUGUGGCAUGCUCUAAAUUUUAUUGUACACAGAAGUUAAUAUUUAAUCUCUAUGUCUGGGAUAAAUUAUGUUCAACGUCGCCAAGCAUCAAUACUAACAAACCUGGUGCUUUUGUAAAAGCAGACUAAACCACGUUUUAACAUGGUUUGAAAGUUGGUGGUUGCUAAUGUUAUAACACAUUUUACAUUUAUAAGUUCCCUUACUGUUUUAUAAUGUGUGUUUUUUUAUUUAUUUUUUUGUUUCUUUUAAAAUUAGUACUUAUUUGACCUGAGUGGAGAACUCACUCUAGUGUGGAUUGGAGAUGGAACAGGGGUAAGUUUGAGACACUCUUGGAUGAUUUGGAUAGAGGACCUGUGAUUAUUUGGCUCUCUGUUGUGCAUUUGUUUACAUUGAAUGCUUUGUAAUAUCUUAUCAGUUUGUGACCCCUGAUUAUUAACAUCUGUAGGUGAUUCUUGUGCUCACUACAUUCCGGAUUCCACUGUUUCUCGUGACCUAUUCACAGUCCAAGCUCUACAGAAGGUGAGUCUACGUUGUAUCUAAAUAAGAUGUCCUCUUCAAUUAGUUAAAUUUGGACUACUGGUGCAGGCAGUCAAAAUCAUUCUUCAUUAACAGCUAAAGGUAAUUGUUUAUUGUACACAUUUCUACUAUUAAUAUUUAGAAGUGUGUGUGUGUGUGGGGGGGGGUGGGGUGGGGGGCGAAGGUUAUAAUUUUCUCUUUAUAAUUUUAUAAAAAGAUUUUAUUAUAUUGUUUUGUGGACCAACAUGCCAAAGGGCCAGGCUCAAUAGCACUAACAGAAUUGUUGUUCUUAUUUAUGGUCAGUGCUACUCACACAGCUUGAUCGGCUACAUUUGUUUAUUGAGGCAAGCAACUUUUAAGCGUCUCUGUCACUGUCUUCUGGGCUCUUUGCAUAUUCUUCCACUGGCAGUGUGUUGGCUAGAGAUUUUUUUUGUGUAUGCAUAGUAUAUAAAAAAAAUUCAAAAAAUAAAAAAUUUAAAGGUUUGAGAUCAGUUUAACCCCUUUUAGUAAAGAAAGUGCCCAUGGGCAUCCUGGCAUUAUAACAUCUUCUUUUCAAUCAAGUUGUUAUGGUGCCUGGAGUGUUCCUUUUAAGACCUACACCGCCAGGCUUAGCUCAGACAUAGAACUUCUGUCUCACUCACAUAGGAGGCGCCUGCUGAUCCCCAGGUAAGAAGUGAAACCGCUGUAAUGCUGACUAGUUAAAAUGCACACUAGAAUGGAUAUGGUGCUUAGCGUGUUCUUUUACCAGAGACAAAACACACAAAAAAGCUAAUUUAUAGAAACUACAAGUUGGUAAUUGCAGAGGAAGUUACACAUUGCCUGGAUCUGAUAAAUGUUACUUAAAGGGACACUUUAGACACCGUCACUGCUUCAUCUUAUUUGAAGUGGUUAUUGUUAUUGGUGUUCCCUGGCACCGUCCUUCCAUUCAAACUGUUUUCAGUGUUUUAAUGCUAAAUUAUGGUACCCACCAGCCAGCCCCCUCUCUCAGCUCUUCCCCCGCCCCUCCGGGAGCUAGAAAGGGGGGCUGUGGUGAGGAGUUUGACUUGUGUGUGUAAUGAUGCUUAUUUUCAUGAGUGACCUUCUUUGGGGCACUUUGGAGGGGGUGGGGGAGUUUGGACAGGGGCUACUUAUAAAAAUUCUAGAGGGGUAAUUUGAAAAAUCUGAAUCCCCAGCCAGAGGCCUCCUUAUGGCUGUGCCGGCCAUGGUUCCUACAGUGUCCUUGUAAAGGUCCCUUUUUUUAAGGAACAUAAGGUAGUCUGUUGUGUUGCUUGCUCAGUAGCAGCACAAAAGUACAUGCUGCAUCCAUGAGAUUUCUGAAAAUGGUCUUCCCAAGGCUUGACAGAUUUCUUUAAAAUCCAGGAUCCAAAUGUUAUCAGCUAAACUAGACUUAUUAUUUUAUUUUUAUUUUUUUAUGAAAUGUAAUAGAUUUUAUAAAUAAUUUCUUUAAAGGAACACUAUGACAAUUGCACGUGUCCGGUUUGCCCCAAUGUAGUCAAACCAUAUAGUAACAUUUUGACUUAUUAAAUUGGGUCUGCUGGGUGCUGCUCUCUGUCUCCUCUCAGUUAAGCUUAGAUCAUUGGCUGAGAAAAAACAGGGUUUAGGUCAGGAGAAGUAACAGAAGUUCUCCUGAAGACUGAGAGGAGGUGAGUAGUAUCGUCCUGUGGAGCCCCAUUGAGAAGUCAGUUACUAAACCUUUUAACUACUUACAUUGGUAGAGCGCAGACAGUGGCGUACACAUAACCCAUGGGUCCCCGGUGCGAAACUGAUCCAUUGGGCCUCCCUCUUCCCCGUUUGACUGAACAUUUAAAUCAUGGCGUUGUGUGAUUUAUUAUUAUUGUCAUUUAAAUAGCGCCAACAGAUUCCGUAGCGCUUAACAAUGCUAUUAUAGGGAGGAUUUCACUUUACAUUGGACAAUUACAAGAAACGAUAGGUUGAAGUGGACCCUGCUCAAACGAGCUUACAGUCUAUAGGAGGUGGAGUAUAAAAUACAUUAGGACAGGAAAUAGCAAUCAAAUAAGGUAGCAAUGAAGCAGAGCUGGAGGAGAGAGUAGAGUGCUGCCAUUUAGGAGAGAGCAAGAGACAGGUAUGUAAGGUAGAGGUCAGUCUGGGAGGCCAUAAGCUUUCCUAAAGAAAUGGGUUUUAAGGCACUUCUAAAAUGAUAGAAGACUAGGGUAGAGUCUGAUGGGGGUAGGCAGGCUAUUUCAUAGGAAGGGCGCCACCCACGAGAAAUCCUGCAAGCGUGAGUUGGCCAUACGGGUGCGGCAGCGGACAGAAGAAGAUCAAGGGCAGAGCGGAGAGACCGAGAAGGAACAUACCUAUGGAUUUGUGAUGAGAUAAGAGGGGCUAGAAUUGUUUGAUGCUUUAUAGGUAUGGGUUAGCAAUUUGAAUUGACUCCUAUAGUAUACAGGAAGCCAAUGUAAGGACUGAUAGAGGGGUGAGGUGUGAGAGGACCGACUAGAGAGCAAAAUCAGUCUGGCAACAGCAUUCAUUACAGACUGUAGCAUAGACAAUAGACAAGAAGUUCUGUUUUGGAAAGUUUCAGUUUCAGAAAGUGGGAGGACAUCUAAUCAGAGAUAGAAGAAAGGCAAGAGGUGACAGGUUGCAGGACAUCAUGGGAGAGAUUUAAGCAGCUUAUGAUUGUUGAUACUAGGAUGACUGUUAUUAGGGUCUUCUAUCUUCUAAAAUAAUAAUUUUUGUGGUUAGAGACGUUUGUGUGUGUGUGUGUGUGUGCCACCUCAUUAGGCUUGAUAUUUGUAAGUUAUAUGCUUUGCUUUGUAUAAUCUACCAAACAUUCUCCAAAGUAUAAAAAGAUAUACAUAUCAAGUACUAAUCAAAAACUGUCAAUCAAACAAAUAGCGAGCAACCAGACAGGAAACCUCUCUCCACAUCCAGCCAAAAUAAUGAGGAAAUUGUAACAAAAAAUAAACGUAAUAAUACAGAAUUUUAAUAGAUCAUUCAACGUGGUUUAUAACAAGCAGAAACACAACAUUGUCUAGUUCUUCAGUACUAUAUCAAGCUCAAAAAAGUAUGUGUCCAUCUACUUUGAACACAUUCCUUUGACCUUGCAUUGCAGUAGUUGUAUUGCAGUAGUAGUGCAAUAAUAGAAUGGUGAUUCUGGUUUUUAUAUCUCAAAUUGAAUGACCUUCUUAUUAGAUUGUCUUUGAUUACUGCUACAGUUAUCCUGAAUGUACCAAUCUCUUUUUUUUUUUUUUCCCUUUCUUCAGUGAUGAUUAUGGAAAGACUUUUCAGGAAAUUACAAUACAGCUCAAUGACACUUUUGUUCGGUCAGAGUUUGGCAUGAGUCUUGGGCCAGAGAAUUCUGGGAAGGUGAGUGAUGGAUGGAUGUUAGAUUUAUGAACAGCAGUCAUUUUAUUUUUCUCUUGAAUGGACUGCAUGUCAAAGAUAAUACUUGCUUACAGUGACCUUUGUGCUGCUGUUUGUUAGGUGAUCCUGGUUGGGGAUGUGCCAAGUGGAAGCUCAGGUGGACAUAUCUUCAGAUCAUCAGACUUUGCAAAUAAGUUUAUUGAGACUGAUCUGCCUUUCCACCCUCUACUUCCAGUGUCCUAUAACCCGGAAAACUCUAACUGUCUGUUUUAUCUCAGCACGCAAGUAAGUUGCAAAAAAUCCAAAACGUGUCUGUGCAUAGCUUUUGCUAACAAAUUAAUUGAUUAUCAUGCUCCAACAAAUAUCUUAACAGUAAACAAAAUGCACCUACAAUUAAUAACCAAAUGCAUUUACACUGGGUAUGUGUUAUGACUAGUAGUUUCUGUCCUGCACAUUUUUAAUGCAUACAAACAGACACCGCACUUCAAGGGUGAAAUUUAGGAUACAUUAUUCACAACACCUUCACAUCACUGUUAAGGCUCUACUAUAUCUUUCUUAGUUGAGCUGAAAUGUUGCUGUGAAGAUGGCGUGAAUAAUGUACCCUGGAUUUUACCCUUGUAUCCUAUUCUUGUGGCGCUUGGAUUUUGGAUUAAAGUGCAUUGAGGAAGUGUGUGUGUGUGUGUGUGUGCCAACCAAAAUUUUGUUUGCUGCGGAUGUAUCUGCAUGUUUUUAUUGGAGUAUGUUUAAAUAUUUGUCUGACUGUGUUUGUUCAAGUCAUCUGUUUUUAAGCUUUAACCCCUUAAGGGCACAACUUCUGGAAUAAAAGGGAAUCAUGACAGAAUGUUUCCGUCAUGUGUCCUUAAGGGGUUAAUGGUAAGCAAGGAAAUACCCUUCAGUCAAAUUUCACAGUAAGAAUAGAGUGUCAGUCCCCCCUAUAGUGUAUAUACUCUGUAUACAGUAUAAUGAGAUCUCAUCCUACACAUACCAUUGGAAGGCAUAUCUAAAUAAACUAUAACAAAAAGCACAGUUCAUUUUCAUAAAACUUAAAACCAAAAGCAUGUCAUCCCAAUUUUGUACAGACACCGUAACACACAGCUUGUUAAUCUCACCAUAGUAUUAUUUUGUCUAUUCUAUACUCUGCUAUAUUGAAAAUGGGUCCUUUUUGCUGCUUGCUAUUGAUAAAUUCCUGUACAGCUGCAUUAAAUGUGCAAUAUGCACUCAAAGACUUACAUAUCUUCCCACCUGUUUUCAAGCACACCUCUCUUGAAAUAAUAAAUGACUAUAUUUCACAUUUCUAAUUGACUCUUAAACUCCUACAGUUGCUCACUUCAAGAAGUAGGCAAAUCCACUGACACACUUGAUCGUACAAAGUCAUAAUUCCUCAUACACCCACUCACCUCUGCAGUAAGCAUGGCCGUACCAAUUACCAAUUCUGAAUGCCUUAUACUGAAUGCUGUCUUAUCCACCUGCAUGUAAGUUAUUCCUAGUGUUCAUCUUGGUAACGUACUGAUGUUUUGAGCUGGGUCCGAGAACAUGUAGCAGAUAAGACAUUUUUUUGGACAUCUAUUUAUUCUGUUUGUAACAGGAUCUGGUGUAAAUACUCUGUACUAAAUUGCUCCACUUAGCAAAUCAUAUAUAUAUAUAUAUAUAUAUAUAUAUAUAUGUAUAUAUGUUUGUGUUUUUUUUAAAAUGUUUUUAUGUAUUUUUUUUUAAACCUGCCUGUCUCAUUGAGGGGGUGGGCUUUGUACCUAAGCAGUCCUUUGCCAGAAUUGAUAGCAGAUCAUUGAUUUAAAGAAUAAAUCACUGCAGAGCACGUUUUACCAAGUGUCAUCUCUGGCACGGGCUCUGAGUCCGCAAUAUGGAAGAUUUUCUCCAGUCCUCAGUCUUUUACCUACUUUGCAUUCGGAAAGUAAUCAGACCCUCAUUUUUCACAUUUUCUAAAAUUAAAUAAUGCUUGUCAGUGACAAAAGGAUAUCUGCACACAAAUAGGUAUAACUGGAUGCUAAAAGGACCACUAUAGUGCCAGGAAAACAUACUUGUUUUCCUGGCUCUAUAGGGUCUAUAGGUCCCUCCCGCCGGGCUCUAGGGAGUGGAAGGGGUUAAAUUUACCUCUUUUUCCAGCGCUGGGCGGGGGACUCUCCUCCUUCUCAUCAUCGGCUGAAUGUGCAUGCGCGGCACGAGCCGCGCACGCAUUCAGCCAGUCCAUAGGAAAGCAUUCUCAAUGCUUUCCUAUGGACGCUGGCGUCUUCUCACUGUGAAAAUCACAGUGAGAAGCGUGGAAGCGCCUCUAACGGCUGUCAAUGAGACAGCCACUAGAGGCUGGAUUAACCCUAUUAUAAACAUAGCAGUUUCUCUGAAACUAUGUUUUAUAGAAGAAAGGGUUAAUCCUAGCUGGACCUGGCACCCAGACCACUUCAUUAAGCUGAAGUGGUCUGGGUGCCUAUAGUGGUCCUUUAACCAAAGAAGGGUGUUAACAAACAUGAAAUAAAUACAGAACCUAUGAAAUUAUGUAUAUGCAUGCAAUAUAGAAUACCAAUGGGUUUUAUAUAGUCAGCAUGUAUGCUGAAAUUAGAAUCCUCUAAAUAUAAGGUUAUAAGGCCAAUACAAAAAGGUUUCAAUAGUCAAAGGAACACCACACUCUCUUGGUCCCCAAGGUGCGACUGGACCUGAGGUAGGCCAAACACCACUUUGUAGUUUAGAAAGUAGACAAUGGUCUAGGCACUCAAGGUAAGGCCAAAGACGCAAGUUUAUUGGAGCAAAGUUCAAGCAAUAUUUUGACCCCCAGAAGGCAGAUGGUCUUUUUCAAGUUACCAAAUCACUGCAAAUACAGCAUUUAAAUAAGGUGUAUAAUCAACAAUAAAGUUUCUAACAAGGUAAGAAAUGACAUUAACAAUUUAAUUUGAUUAAUAUAAAUUAACAACAAAAGAGAAAUUCUUCAUCCCAGAGUCUGGCCAUAGGGCCUGUCCCUGAAUCUGCCCACAAUGCCCACUACCAAGUCCGCCCACAAGGAUGUAGUGGUUGUAGUGCGUGUAAAGUGGCCAAAAUGUAGGAGUAUGAGUCCCAGAAUGCUUUGCCAGCUGGAGAGCUACAAUUUGCCCAUUCUUGCAGGGUUAUAUUUAGCAGUGUUUAUGUGUUUGAACUGUGUGUAUCAGUGUGUGCAUGUGUGUCAGUGUAUACUCUACACACAAAUGCACACUUUCAUUCAAACACCAGCAUACACAUACUCCAUACAAAAAGUAUGCUUAAAUUCAAACACACAAACACUGCUCAGUGCCAAAUAUUACCCAGCGGUCCUUGGAGGCACAGGCGCCUGAACCCCCCAAUAUGCACACACAAAACUAUAUAUAGUGUGCACCUGAGUGGCCUCCGGGCCCAUGACAACAGUCACCCCCUGAUGGCGAUCCUUUUUGGCACGGUCACCCCUCUUAUCCAGAAAAAUUAGUCUUUCAUAAAGAUAUAAUGAAUAUAUAUAAAACACCAGUGAAUUGUGAGAAUAGUGAAAUAAAAAUACUUAACUUAGGUUUACAGUCUCCCAAGGUUACUUCCCAGACAACCAAUUGAUACAAUUUAGGGAUCCUUCUGCUGAACUUAAAAUUAAGGACAAAACAGUGCAAAUAUUGUUUGUAAUCUAUUUAAGAAACUGUUUCACAGUUGCACUCAAAGAUUUUCGAUUAAAUAAGGGCCUUAUGGGUGCCACCCAUGAUAUCAAAAUAGGUGGCUAUCCACCACCAAACUGGUAGGAGGUUUCGGAAUGUGGCAAAAACUCUCCAAAGCUUUUUCUCCAAAGAUUUUUAUGCAAUACAGAAUAUGAUUAAAAAAAAAAAAGCAAAAAAAGGGUGGUCUUACGCGUUCCUCAGGGACCCGUGUAAUAAAAAGAAUAUGCAGAAAUAAAAUGCAAAAUACAGCCUAAUGAACAUCCCCCCCACAGUCCCCUUAAAGAGGGCUAAUCCCAAAAAGUUUAUUGGAGAUGUUGUGGGUGUUUCCUCCUUUUUAUUUUUUUAUUUUUUUUUUUUUUUCCUCCAGGUUGGUGCGGCACUUACUUCUCCAGCUAUGUCCGUUCUCUUCAUUUCAUUAGUGUUGCGAUCGGUGUUUUCAUUUCUUCGUGACGCACUUCCGUGCAUUACACCUUUAGCUUCCGUCAAAAUGGUGGUGCAUUUAAACCGUGAAACUAAGAAAAAGACAACUCCCCCUAGUGUUCUCUAAGGGGAAUUAAUCAAUUUUAUCGAAACGAAAACUUAUAUUAAUCAUAUGUCCUUAUAAUUAUUAUUUUUUUUUUAUUCUUUAUUUUUGGUUCGACACAUGUUACGGCAUGGCAGUAUACAAUGGCUCGCGCAGGGGCCAAUAUUAAUUGAAACUUAACAUUGCAUAAUACAGAGGAUAAGCUGUUUUACAAGUGAAUGCAAGGUUCUGUUAUGCCGUGCAGUGUUGUUGUUUCUGUUUUGGUGGACUUUUCAUGUCCACACAUAAAAAUAAAAUAUAAAAUGUAACACAAAACAAAACUCAACCAUACUAGACAGUUCAUAACGAAGUAGAGCUACCUAAGGUAAGAGCCUCCGAUAUAGGUCCCGACCAUAUGAUUCCUACCCUCCGGCAAGCCCUAGGUGUCUGUUAUUGCGUUUGGCUUAGGUUUCUGCGUUCCAGGGCCCCAAUUUCGUGUACGUCUGCCGAUUACUGUAGCUUUUGUCAUAUUACCCUUCCCCGUCCUAUGCGUGUCCCUAUCCAGUAUGUCCUCUCUGGCAGGGAUUUUGGUGCCCUCCCGCAUUAGUAUUUUUGACCCUGAGGGUCUUUGAGCAUGGGUCCUGGCACUGUUGUCGCAAGUUGGGUUGGCCAUGCCUGUUCGCUACUGGGCACAUUGUCGACGUCUGUACUGAUUUCUGCCCUAUCAGUUGUCUUCUAUUAGAUUGUAUCAGUGUGGUCUGCUUGGGACCCUGGAAUGAGCGUGGGCGGGCAUUCUCUGUGCGCGACAUCCUCCCUGCCAUGUGGGGGAGGAAGGGUAGUGGAAGAUUGGGGGGAACGAGCAGGGCUGGGUGGUUGUGGGGGUUGUUAAUUGUCAAGGCGCGCGGCGGCCCAUGGCCCGGUCCCUAGUCCCCCUCCCUUCCCGGUGGGGUGGGGUUUUAUUCAUUAGUGUAGUUUUCCCAGGGCUGCAAAACUUUGUGAAAUGCUUUUUCCGUGUUUCGAAUUUGAGCUGUGAGUUUUGUCCAUGAAGUAUGUGUCUUUGAUUUUUACUAUCACGUCGUUAUCUGUGGGUGUGGUGGGUUUCAUCCAUGCUUGAGCUAGGGCCCUUCUGGCUGCCAGUGUGACUUUGUUGAGAAGUAGUUGCUCCCUCCUGGGGAGGCCAUCUAUGGGUCUGGAUAACAGGAUGGACCAGGGGUCCAAUGCCACUGGUCUCUCCAGAAUGUCAGUGAUUAUUGACUGACUGUAUGCACUUCCAGUAUUUGUGGGCUUCUGGGCACUCCCACCACAUAUGUAUGAAGGUGCCUUUGCUGCCGCAUCCCCUCCAACAUGUAUCAGUCGUGGUGUUCCCCAUUCUAUACAGUUGUACUGGUGUGGUGUACCAUCUCAUUAGCAUUUUGUAAGAUUGUUCCUGUUGUACUACACAAAUCGACGUCUUUGCCAUCGCUUCCCAAAUGUCCACCCAGUCCUCCACUUCCAGUUCCCUGCCCAGAUCUGCCUCCCACUGGGUUAUGUACAUUGGGUCUUGAGCGUCUUUGUCAGGGGCGCUGAGUUGGGUGUAUAUGGCUGUGAUGAGGCCUUUGGGUACCACUUCAGCGUUACAUAGCUGCUCAAAAAACGUCAUCUGGGUGUGGGCUGCUUUUUUAACCUCUGGGGUUUUAGCGAAAUCUCGUAGUUGUAUGUAUCUAAAUACAUCUCUCGUGGUUAGGGGUGCCAAGGUUUGUAGAUUGUCUAUGUUUUGAAGGAGCCUCCCUCGUACAUGUGCCCAUAUCUUGGUAUUCCCGUGCUUUCUAUCCCCCUAAAAUCUUGUGCGCUCAGACCAGGCUCAAAUGCUUUGUUCCGUAAAUAUGGAGUCAGCGGCGAGGGUGUGUGUUUUAGGGCAUAUUUAGUGGCCGUCUUAUCCCAUAUACGGAUGGAGUUAAGGAUCACCGGGCAAGUGGUUCAUAGGGGUGGUCUGUCCUGUUUGGGCACUCAUAUCCAGAACUGGGGCAGGUCUGUGCACAUUAGUUUUGUUUCCAGGUCUACCCAUCUGUGGGAGCCCUCUGGAGCAUGCCAUGCUACUAUUUGGGCAAGCUGAGCUGCCAGAUAGUAUUGAUAGAGGUUAGGGAGUCCCAGUCCACCUCUCGUUUUCGGCCGGUAUAGCACCUGUCUAGCUACUCUGUGGCGUUUUGGGGCCCAUAUAAAAUUAUCUAUGUGUCGUUGUAGUGUCGCUAGGUCUUGUUUGGUAACCCUUAUCGGUAAAGUUUGAAAUAAAAACCGUAAACAAGGGAGCAUCGUCAUUUUGAUGGCAUGUAAUCUGCCUAUCCACAAGAUUGGCUUUUCUUGCCAUUUUUCGAUAUCUCGGCAAAGUGCUUGGAGUGUGGGCGUAUAAUUGGCAGUAUAGAGUUUCUCUGGGUCCGCUGUAAGUAUAACCCCUAGAUAGGUAAGUCAUAGCGAGCAGUAGUGAUUAUGGUUCCAGGAGUGCUCUGGCGACCGCGACCCCUUCCUCCAAUGUAAGUAGUCUAAUGGUUUGACUUCUUACUUGUAGUCCGCGCGGUAGUGGCUUUCUGUCUCUUUACAGCCAGAAGGUCUUUGCUCUGAACUGUUCCUGCAUUGCAGGGCUAGACACAGGAGAGUUAAUGGAAGCUUUAUGUAGGAGCAUUCAGCUGGUGCCCCGCAGUAAGAAGCACCAGGGCACUUUUGCACAUAACCACUACAACAUACUGUAGUAGCUCCUGGGCUUGUAGUGUUCAUUUUAAGCAUACUACCUAAUUUUUUGAUUUUUAUUGAUUUUUUUAUUAUUGUUUUCAAGGUGUUGGCUUUUUCUUUUUUUUUUUUUCUUUUCUUAUGUUACAAUGUGUAUAUAACCCAGUUUCCAGUUGACUCUAAUUUCUAUGAUGUGCUACAUGUCUCAAUACCUGUGGUGACUGUGUAAAUAUUUCAUUUUUCUGCUGGCUGGAAGUGCAAGGGAAGUUACAUGCAGGAACCUAGUUCUUGCCUAACAAAGAAAAUUUAAGAUAUUUAACCCCUUAAGGACACAUGACAUGUGUGACAUGUCAUGAUUCCCUUUUAUUCCAGAAGUUUGGUCCUUAAGGGGUUAAAGGGACACUUUAGGUACCCAGACCACUUCAGCUCAUUGCAAUAGUCUGGGUGCUGUGACCUUUUUGCACUUAGUGCUGCAACGUAAAAUAUUGCAGUUUCAGAGAACCUCAAUGUUUACGUUGCAGCUCUAAGUCAGCCCUCUGUGGCUGUCUAACAGACAGAUACUAGAGGGCUUCCGGAAUCCAAACCGACCUAUGGUCGGUUAUCUGACGCUGAACGUCCUCAAGGACCUCCAGCGUCAGAUUUUCCCCAUAGGAAAGCAUUUAGUAAUGCUUUCCUAUGGGGAGGUCUAAUGCGCGCGCGGCCAUUGUUGCGCAUGCGCAUUAGGUCUCCCCCGACUGCCGCUGAGGGGGGAGGAGCGUGGGCGGAGCCUGGCGGAGUGCUGAGGGACAUCGGCGCUCUAUUUAGGUAAGUGGUUAACUCCUUCAGCGCCGCGGAAGGGAGGGGCCUUGAGGGAGGGGGGAGUCUAAUAAAUAGUGCCAGGAAAACGGGCUUGUUUUGACUUCAUGUCUACUUGAGCAUAUUUGUGAAUGGGCAAUCUGUAAACCAGAGCGACCAAAAUUCAUUCUUGUGGUGCAAGGAUUUUUUAUUUAUUUUUUUGUUUAAAAUUCACUCCCUUUUACCCUUGUGAGGAUAUCUUCUUACCUGUGACUUUUCUAACCAUCUACAUUCGCCCUUUUUUUUUUAAAAUGUAUAGAUUGCUCUUGCUGCUAUCCCUUAUGCUUCUUUUACUGUUAUCUCAUUCCCAGGCUAGCCCAUCUGCUCCAUCCAUAGGAUACAGCUUAUUUUAUGUCCUCAUAAUGUCCCACUUAUGGCUUACUUUAAAGGAAUCUAGUGGUGCCAGGGCACUCCAUGAUAGGUAGUCAGACAGGAUUACCGUAACCCGAUGUCCUGACAGCGUUCCUUAACUGAGAGCACACGGCUAACGUUUUCAGUCAAUGAGUGCGGACAUGCAAGACACUCCUGCAGGCAUAAUGUCUACUACAGCGAACAGUAGUGUUAUGGUGCUUGGAGUGUUCGUUUAAGUCGAGCUCCGUGUUGUCCAAACAACCUUCUUCCCAGUCGCGUACACAUGAUCCAUGGGGCCCUUGUGCGAAAAUUGAUCCGUGCCCCCUCCCACCCGACGCUUACUCUGCGUGGGCCAGGGCUGCAACACAUGGCGGUGGGCACCUGGUGAGAAGAUGCUGGACGUCAAUAGGAAAGCAUUGAGUAAUGCUUUCCUAUGGGCGGUUUGAAUGCGCGUGCGGCUCUUGCCGCGCAUGCGCAUUAGGAGCUGAGAGGCGGAUCGGGGCAGAGAGAUCCCCAGUGCCAAGGGAACCCAGGGCCGGAGAAAGGUAAGUGCUGAAGGGGUAUUAACAACACACUCUCACGAACAGACGCAUACACACUAGCUAACAGACACACACAUUUACUGACAGACACACUCAGUGACCGACAUACAUAUGCACUCACUGACAGACAUACACACAGACACACACCGUAAUACACUCAGUGACAAACAUUCACUGACACACAAACUAACACUAGCGCACACACACAAACUAACACACUCACUAGCAGACAAACACAAACUAACAUACAACUAACACACUCAGUAACAGACACACACACUAACACAUAUACACACUCACUUUUUUUUUUUUUUUUCAUUUAAUCCCCCAGCCUCCCUACCUUUUGGGAAUGCUGAGGGGAUUCCAGAUUUCCCUGGGGUCCAGUGGGGCUGCUGGGCGGCCGUUCCUGCAGGCGGUGAGGAAGCACUGCUCCUCCUGUUAAGCUCCCUUGCAAGUCGCUUACUGAUGCCGCAGUGACGUCAUAUUUCGGCUCCGGCAUCACCGUGGUGCACGCAAGGGAGCUGGGCAGAGUGCGCUCAGGGGAGAAUGCUCCCUCGCCCGCUCAGUGACACCACUGCCAGCCUUGGGGGGGCCCUGAGGUGGCCAGCUCCUGGGCCACCCAGGAGAAGAGGCUGGCAAACUGGCGUACAUACUGGGUCGCAGGGCAGCCGACCCCCUGCGACCGCGGUAUGUACGCCAGUGCUUCUUCCUCCACUGAACUCAUUUGACUACUUCAUUUUCCCUUCUUUGGCAAUAACUGUUUGUCAAGUCUCAUUGUUUGGUUUCAAGCAACAUCCUCAAUUCUAGAGUGAUACAAGUAAGCAUUUUAGGUUUUGUGUAGUACGGAGACACAAUGUACUGCACUUGUUUGUUCUUGUUUAGUAAAUUGCUACUUUUAUUUUUCACCUAAUUGUUUAGUUUUAUUCAUUGAUAAUGAUUACUGUUUGUGUUUUAAAACUGUAACGCACUGUUCCUUAUUCCAACUGCUAAUAUUUGUGUUGAGAGUAAUGAUCUUUCUGUGCCCAAAACAGAACAAGUAUAGGAAGAUUGAAAUGUGAAAGUUAUGUAGGUGUUUUUUUUUUCUUCCUGGUGUAUGUUUGUUUAUUUAGCAUCAUUCUUAUUUUCUUAAUGUAGAAACUCCUUUUUUUUAAUUUUUUUUUUUUUAAUUCUUUAUUUUUCGCUCUGACAGUGAAGCAUUGUUACAAUAGUGCAGACAUAGGUGGAUAAAGGACUGUACAAGUUUUGUUUGUAAGUAGUACAAAAUACAGAUUAGCAUAGUUAGUACAGGCGUCCGUUACAUACUGUGCACUUUGGGUGCAUUGCCGCCAGAGGUUUUCUUUUGUGUUGGCAAGCAGAAAAAAGAAAUAACUAUGUACAAUGGUAGAGUUGUUGAGGAGUGUGCUGUGUCAUGAACUCUCAGGUUGGCUUUGAUGAGUGUGUUGUGUUGUCGUGGCCCAGGCAUAUGUGUGGAGUAUUCUGAUCGUGCCCAUGUAGGUCAGGCAUUGUGCCCUCCCCGUCUGCUCUGUCCAUGCCACUCCCCGUGUGCUGUCAUUCCGUUAUGCGCAGAGUCAGGCAGAGUCUGAUAGUGUUGGAGCUUUUCUCUCCUCUUGUUUGUUUACAUGGUCUGGUGUGCUUGCAAGAAAUAAAACAUACAAGGAAAGGGUAGAUAUAGAUAGACAAGUAGAGAUUGCAGCGUAUUAAAGUACGGAGAUGAGGUGAUCUCCUGGGGGCCGUGAACCCUGUGCCGCCCGUCCCAGUGGGCGGCGGCCUUUGAUCCGGCUUUAACCAGAUACCCGUUCUGCAGUGGAUCCACUUCCACCCCUCUGGGUUAUGGUAUGAUAGCUACUGUUGGGUGAGCCCCAGUUGUCACCACUGCAAUGUACCGCAUGGAUGCCGCUCCGCGCCCCGAGCCAUGAGUCUGUGUCGUAUUGCUCCCAUGGACCCCACACCUUGUGGAAUGUGGUCAAUGUGUUCCGCACUUGGGCCGUGAGUUUAUCCAUCAGAUAAUUAUCGCAAAGUUUUGUGUAGAAACUCUUUUUAAUUACGUUUAGUGCCUACAUGUAAUUUUGAAAUUACUUUACGAAAUUGACAAAAAAAAAUUAAUUUCAUCAGGAAAUAUUACCACUUGUAAAUGCAGCAGUCUUGCUAGUGUUCGAUAAUGAUAUGUUUUUUAAAUGGCUAUUAAAAAUCCUUGCUUGAUUUCUGGGAUUAAAGCAUCUACACUGAUCUGCUCUGAAAUAGCAAGGCAGUGCUCUCCAUGGCUGGACAAAGGCUUACAGGAACCACUAUAGUAUCAGAAACACAGACUUGUAUUCCUGACACUAUAUAUAGUUUAGUUUACAUUCCUGGCCCCCCUGUUAGAGGAUUAAACGGUGACUUUACUCACCUUUUAUUACGGUGACGCGUCAGUUAUCCAUGGCUGGUUCUGCCUUGUUUCACCUCCAUGGCCGAGUUCUUCAAAAUUGAUGAUUUCAGCCAAUCUGAUGCUUUCCCAUAGGCAAGCAUUGGAAGGCUAUUGCCGAUGUGCGUUAAAAGGCCACGCUGCUCCAAUAAGCAUCUCCUCAUGGAGAUUCAUUGAAUCAGUGCAUCUCUAUGGCGAGCGUUCAGCGUCUCCAUGUAGAGUGUGGAGAUGCUGAAUAUCAAUGCACUGACCCAGGAAGCCUCUCUAGUGGCUGUCUGAGUGACUACCACUAGAGGUGUUACUAAGCAGCAAUGUAAACAUUACCUUUUCUCAGAAAAGGCUGUGUUUACAGUAAAAGCCUGCAGGGACAGGCUAUAGACACCCACACAACUACAUUAAGCUGUAGCUGUUGUGGUGACUGUAGCAUCCCUUUAAUUACUCCAAUCCCAACCCACACACGCUGUGUUAUGGAAUAGCAAGUCAUUGCUAAGGGAAAGCGAACUCUGGAAAAAUUAAAUGGUGCUGAUGCUUCAUUUGAAUGCUUUAUUAUUUUAAUAUAAUUUUGUUUUGUGUUUUGAGUUUUUUGCCUAAUUUAUAGAUGCUGUGCUGCAGGUAAACAUGGUAUUGUUUAAAAAAAAAAAAAAAAAUCAAUAAUAAUAAAAAAUAAAAAUCUAAAUUAGCCAAGCUGUGAGAUUCAGGCCCCUGCUUGGAGACCUGGGCAAAUAGUGUCUUAUCCUCUUUCUCCCCCAAGUGUGUGCUAGCUAUGUGUGGUGGUGCUCUGUGUUUGCCCACCUUCUGCUUACCAUUCCGCACUUGACUAUAUAUUACUUAAUUUGAUUAUUACUAAAAAUAGCACUGCAUACAAUGUACUGCUCCUUUUUUUUUUUUUUUUUCCUGUGUUAUUGUCGUGUUGACUAAGAGAUAAUUUAUGUAUUUUUGUUUGGGUUUUUUUCCCCAUUUUCUUUAUUAUAAUCCUUAUUCUUUCAGUAUGAUUUAUGGAUUUCCAGAAACUUUGGAGAGUCAUGGAAAAACAUACAUCAGAAUGUGUGUGCUGCCAAAUGGUGAGUGAUUUACCUGGGUAUAAAAACUGAUAUAUAUUGUGAACCGCUAUUUGUUUCUUGAUAAAUUAUUAAAAACAAACAAACAAACCUGAAUUGCUGCAAAUGUAAACAAAUUUUUUUUUUUUAUUCAUUUUAGAAAAAGUGCAGAUUUCAGUAGAAAUUGUCACUUAUAUAAAUAACUUUGUUACACCCCACUGGCUUUCAAACAAUCAGUCAUGCUACUUCCUGGUAGUUUAGCUUAGCAGGGAUAGACUGAAAAGGCAGGCAAUUGCUCGGAGCAAUAUGACUUCUCAUUGAUCUGCAUUGGGAAGUCUAUGAUAGGACAGUCACAGAAAGUCAGGCUGGGUUAGAAGGGAAGGGUUUGCAAAUACAGCAGACAAGAGAACUGCAGGUUUUGCAUUUUGUUUUAGAUAACAUAAUUACAUUACUGACAUGGGUUGUUGGGUUUUUUUUGUUUUUUUUUGGGGGGUGUGUGGGUGAUAGAGAGUGUCUAUUAAAUAUUAUAUCUAUUAAGUUUUCUUUUAAAUUUUAUUUGGGCGGUAGAGUGUCCCUUCAAGUCUUUUCAAACAUUGUAAAAUAUUUUUUGCCUAAUUUCUUCCUUCCUCAUGAAAUGACCACUUGUUAUAUUAACAGGGUUAUUUACAAAAGCGAACAUUCAAAGUGAUAUUCAAAUUUAAGACUACAGUAGCCAGACUGAAAGUAUAGCCGACAAUAUUUUCCAGUUCAGCUAUUUUGACCUUAAAUUUGAAAUUCACCUUGAAUUAUGACUUUAGUGAAUAAUCCUUUUAUAUCUUGUUUUCUUGUGGAACCAGAGCAGACUACAGCCUGUUCUGGCAAACGUUCAAACCAUCUGCAACUUUCUUUUCCUUGUUUUCAUAGGGACUCUGGCAACACCAUAAUUUUCACUACAUCCGUUAAUGAAUCCUGCUGUAAGUAUGGGGGCAUUGUUUUAGCUGGGAUAGGAUCAGUUUACUGCCUGCAGCCUUGAACUCCCAAUGUUUCUUACAUUUAUAGCAUCAUCCCAAACACAUACUAUGAAGAGGACUUCAGACUUUGGCCAGAUAUUCAAGGUGCUGAUUGACCGUGUCUUCUCAUUUGGACUCUGGGGUCGUUUUCUGUUGGCUUCUGUAAUGGAUGAGGUGAGAAGAAUUGUAUAAUUAAUUUGUUUCCCUACCCUCUUACUUUAAAUCUGCAGUGUCUCCUCUUGCACUCCAAUAAUAUUGUUGUAUUUGAUGUCACCAUGGAUACCUCUCCUCUCCUGAUCUCUCCCCGUCCAUCUUGACUAGUGUACCUGACUGCCUCUCUGCUGUUUCUAACUGAAUGGCUGCCCACUUCCUUAAUCUAAACUUGACUAAAACUGAAAUUCUGGUCUUUCCUCCCUCAAGUGUUGUUACUCCUGUGUCUGUCACCCUCCAAGUCAAUGGUGCUACCAUCAGCUCCACCACGCAGGCUCGCUGCCUAGGUGUUCUCUUUGACUCUGACCUCUCCUUGAAGCCUCAUGUUCAAUCUAUCGCCAAAUCCUGUCAUUUCGAUCUCAAAAACAUUGCGCGCAUCCACCCCUACUUAACGCCAGAUGCGACUAAGGUGUUGGUCCAUUCAACUGUCCUUUCUCGUCUUGACUACUGUAAUCCGCUUCUCAGUGGUUUUACGUGCUCCCAACUUGCGCCGUUACAGUCCAUAAUGAAUGCGGCAGCGAGGCUCAUCUUCCUGUCUGCCCGCACCUCCCAUGCCUCACCCUUUUGUCAGUCCCUACAUUGGCUUCCUAUAAAAUAUAGAGCUCAAUUUAAAAUUCUGGUUCUAUCUUUCAAAUCACUGCAUAAUGCUGCUCCCACCUAUCUAUCCUCCCUUAUACACAAGUAUGUCCCGUCUAAGCCCUUACGAUCUGCUGAAGACUUACAUCUAUCUUAUGUCCGUACUCCCACCUCUGAUGCUCGCCUUCAAGAUUUCUUGAGGGCUGCAUUGUUCCUGUGGAACUCGCUUCCCUCCUCCAUUAGAUACUCACCCAGUCUCCACUCCUUCAAAAAAUCGUUAAAAACCCACUUCUUCAUAAAAGCUUAUCAAUUAAACUGUUAAUAGCUCCUGACUGAUUCAUCUUCUGCAACUGUCACUAGUCUAAUGCUAUCCUUACCUUUUUGUGUCAUUUUACCACACUCCCUCUAGCAUGUAAGAUCAUUGAGCAGGGCCCUUAGCCCCUCUUUUCCUGUGUGUCCAACUUGUCUGGUUACAACUACAUGUCCAUGUUCGCCCACCCAUUGUAAAGCGCAGCGGAAUUUUGAUGGAUGCUCCUAGCGCUUCCUGAUGGCUCCAAGCACUCCAGCAGACACCAUAACCACCGUAGACUCCUUCAGCAAGCAAAACAGGAACAAGCUCUAAAAAGAAUUUAGUAGUGAUUAUAGCAAGGGAAUAUGCAGAGCAUAGCAAUCCCUUGUAGCAGAUUCCCCUAAUAAGAGACAGCACUCCAAAUUGAGGGUGAAGUAGAACUGAAGCUUUUAAUCCAACACUCUGCUUUUAUGCUCAUUUUACAAACAUAGUACUGCCCACAGGGUUUUGAAGAACAACCAAUCAAUACAUUACAUCACAGCUAAACACUCCCAUUCAUACCAGCAGAAAUCCUCCCCUCUGCCUGUGAUACAAUUCUCUCAACACAAUAGACUAACUUAAUUAUCACAGGCAGGAAAAUACAGUUUUGCACAAUAUUCAUAACUCCAAAAGUAUAAAUCACAUUCACAUAAAAUUUACAUUACAUUUUCAGAAUCAGCAUACUCCAAAUACAAACAUACUCAAAAAUCAGACAAUUCCUUCCAUUGGUUUAAAAGUUAGGUCGAAGUCCUUUGUGACCACUGAAGCAUUGCUUUCCAGCCAAAACCAGUUACACAGAGUCCUCUAUCCUGGAGAUAAUUGGCUUAACUGGGUGUGGUAAGCCAACUAUCUCCAGGUACAGAAAAUGUCUCUAUUCACAACAACAGCAAAAAUUCACAAAAAUACAUCAUUCCUAUCAUACUGAACAGAACCCCCACAUUCAACCUAUCCCCAGAUUGCUUGGAUCUGAGCGCUCAAUAUAUCCAAACAGCGCUCAGAUCCCACAAACACAGUCAAAUAGCCAUGGGGUUUAAGUCUAGCAUGGGCUGGUGAGAGGGUCCAUAGUCACAGGGCAGGAGGCUGGCAAUCAGUCUUCUCCAAUGCCCAGUGGUGAGGCUGGUUCCUCCACACAUGCAAACAGGAAUAAUUUUAUAUUACAUUCUCAAGGUGCAUUCUCCAUUAACUCCAUCCCCUUUCUAUGGGCUUUUCCCUCCUCUUUAGUUGAUAUUGGUGUUGUGGAUAUCUUUCAGUUAUUGAAUUGUACUCCUGCGCAUUGGCUGCCUCAAGCAAAGCUGUGAUUUGUUGUAGGUUUUCGCACAUGGUAUUUUGAUCUUUGACCGAUUUUGUUAAUUGGUAAUUUGGCUGAAAUGGACCCCUAAUUUUUCAAUUCCUUAAUUGUGGUUAUCUGUUUUUACACAGCUUUUUCCACAGUUUUGUGAACUAAGCUGUAUGCAUUGAUCGACUAGGCAUGCAUGAGGUUGCUGCUUGGCUCAUCAGUGGAGAGAGAUCAAGAUACUUUUUUAGAUGUGCAAAAUGAGGACAGAAUACUAUUAAUUUUCUGUGUCAGAAUGUUUCACUACACCAAUCACAGCUCUGUAUGGGACAGCCAAUGAAAGUGCACAGUUUGACGACUGAUACCGUUGGAAACAACAGGUCACAGAAGGGCAAUGGAUAGUAGGUGGUCAAGGGAAAAGAUAGUGUAGUUAGUAGGAAAGACACCAGAAAUAACCAUGGAAUUUCCAAAUUUAAAGGUUUAAAAUGGAUGGGUAUGGUUUUUUUGUUGUUUUCGUUUGUCUUUUGUUCUUUCAUACAGUUGGUUUCCUUUAAAUUAGUAUUUUUCAAUUGUUCAUGAAUGUGUUUUUAGCCCGUUUGCAUUCAAUGUCAAGAUUAUUUUGUAUGUUUUCUCUACUUUCAAACACUAUUGCAGGACAAAAUCAAUAGGAGGAUUUAUGUUUCCAAAGAUAAAGGAGACAAGUGGAAUAUGGCGCAGCUGCCAUCUGUGACACAUGAACAGUUUUAUUCUGUACUGGCUGCUAAUGAUGACCUGAUGGUUAUACAUGUGGAUGAUGUUGGGGGUAAGAUUGCACUGAGAUUCAGCAUGGGCAAUUGAGCAUAAUGGAGUUUAUGUAUAAACAGUGCUGUGUUCUGAAAAGGGGACUACGGUAUUUAUUUAAAGUGAGGCAGUCGCCAUGGAAACCAUCUCCAUCCAUUUUCCAUGUUUGCACCACUUUUCAAAACAGUCACGGUCAUAAAUAUCCCCUACUGAUUUUACGGAGUACUGGAAAUGAUGUGGAAUUUACACCACUGGAUAAACCAUUGGGAAAAUCAGUUAUACCUUUAGUGGGGAGUUAUUUAUUUAUUUAUUUUUCUAUAUUUUUUUGUUUUUGUGUGUGCUUUGCUUUCAUUUACAUUUAUAUUCAAAAUUUAGUAAAGUACGCCAUAAUCCAAAUCUGACAGGACAAGGCCAGUCAUAUUGGCGUAAUUAAACAUAUUUUUAUAACAAAUCUUGGGUAGUGACUGUUCUUCUUUAACUGUGCAUUAAAUGCAUCCCCUUGUGCAGUCAACAUUUUCCCUCUGCCAGCCGUUGGUAUGUUUCUUACUUUGCAGUGACGUCUUUAAGGAGCAUAGGGCUCUGGGGAGAACUUGGCCUCGGGUGGAAUCACAUGUUAGUUAUUUUUCUUGUUUACAAUUGCGAGGCAGGUCAGUACUGAAGCAGAGUGUUAACGAAGUAGUCCUUGGUAUUAUAUGAAAAUCAAAUGAUAUCCAAAAUUAACUUGUGUAGUAUGGUAUGGCUCUAAAUUUCUGUUUCUCACAGAUACUGGGUAUGGAACUAUAUACACCUCAGAUGAACGUGGUAUUGUGUAUUCUAAGUCACUAGAGCGACAUCUUUAUACCACAAGAGGAGGAGAAACAGAUUUUACUAAUGUGACAUCUCUACGUGGAGUCUUUAUUGCCAGUGUGCUCUCUGAAGGUGAGUCAAUGGGCAAAAAAUAGGUUUUAAUGACCGGUAUACAGGCUUGGGGAUAUAUGUGCAGUGCUAUGUAUUACUAUAUAAGAAAUUUAGCCAUCUAGACACUCACUCCAUCAGUAAGUCAUUAAUUCAUGUGUAUUUGUAUGUUUGUUUUGUGGUAUCUUCUCCUUUCCCUCUCUUUUAGAUAACACCGUUCAUUCAGUAAUCAGUUUUGAUCAGGGGGGAGAAUGGACUUCCCUUCGAAAGCCAGAAAAUACAAAGUGUGACUCAACAGCACAGGAUCCAGAAAAGGUGAGCCCUUUCUUUUGUUUUACAGCCACUGUGCAUUGUUUGAUGUAGUAUGACAGGUACACAUGUUCUCUAAAAUACCACAUUGGUUAGAAGAUAAAUUAGUAUGAUCAUAAAAAUGAAAAACACAAUUCAAAGUUUAAAGGAUGUAGGGUCAGAAACGCAGCUUCCUAAUUACACCCUAUACUUGGACACCCCAAUAUUGCAGAUUCGGUGCAAUGCCGUAAAGGAAACAAAUUGGCUGGGUUUUCUCAUAGUCAACCUUCUAAAAUUGGAUCUUUCUGCAAGAACAUUCCAUUUGGCUCUACGGUGAUUGAUCCACUUAGACGUCUCUGUGCCAAAACUGCUGUUCUAUGUAUGGCCUUAUGUGUUUAUGAUGCUGGCCAAUGUAGGUGCACAAAUUGAGUAUGAUCUUUCUUUGUGUCACAGUGCAGUCUGGAUUAUACGUCCACAUGGUCUCUCUGUUGCAGUGCAAUCUGAGUAAUAUUUUAUUUGGCAUCUGUGUCUCAGUGCAGUGUAGGUAUGCAUCGUCAGCACAUUUUUGUGUGUAGUGUUUUGUCACACCAGUCUGAGUUAUGCAUGCAGGUCCGCUGGCUCAGCACCAUGUCUAUCAUACAAUUAUUAUAUUCACGAUAUUAUCUAUAUGAUUAAAUAUUCACUAACUGUACAGAGUGCAGUAUAGUUUCUUUUAUUGGCAUGAUACUAUCUAGUAAAGCGUAAGCCUGACAAUGUACCUUGGGUAUAUGCCACUAUUUUGACAUUUUGUUAAAAUGGACUGCAGCCUGGGUAAACCAGAUCUAUCUGUAUUGUAGUGAGGUCUGCCUAUGUACACCCAACAUGACCCUCUUCUGCAUUUUAAUUGGGCAUUUUAAGUAAAGUCCAAUAAUACAGUUUAGCAUGAACUCUGUCUGCAUCACACACAUUCAUUAUGAUUUUACUGAGCAGCAUUUUAAAUCCGCAUAUCAAAACCUUUUGGCUUUUAAUUUACUAUAAUUUGACAUUAGGCCCUUCAUAUUAUGCUUCAUUGUGCAGUCUCUGUGUAGUACAUGCUGUCACAUAGAAUGUUUUAUUCAGUAUGGUCUCUCUGUAUCACAGUGCAGUCUGCAUAUACAUGGUCAGUACAGUAUAUCCCAGAACCUGCAGGUUCCCAUGGCUCCAUUGUCUGAGCCCAAUGCUGUGGGGAUAAUCAUUGCUCAUGGUAAGUAAAAGAUUAAUGUUAUUUCUGUGCCACAUUUUAAGAGGUGUGUCUGCUCUAUGCCAUAUUCUAUUGAUCUACAAUUGCAUGUUAACUUGUAUUAACACAGGCAGUGUGGGGGAUGCAGUGUCAGUCUCUCGUCCCAGUGUAUACCUUUCAGAUGAUGGGGGCUACUCGUGGAGCCUUGUGCUGGAUGGUCCACAUCAUUAUGCAAUCCUUGACUCGGGGGGGCUCAUUGUGGCUGUAGAGCAAAGUGAACUUCCUAUCAGCACAAUAAAGUAAGUGAUGAAAUCGAACUGAGCGAUUUCCUGGGUGGGUGUUUUCCAAAUGUAUGGGAUGAACCACUGCAGAAAAAUACAAAGGGAGAUGGAAAUACAAAGGGAAUUUGUAUGUUGGCACCAUUCUAAAUUGAGGAUUGUGAUAGUGUGGAGGCCAUUACAAUGAGCUCUGAGAUAAAUAGUUAAAACCAUGUGUGAGGUGAUUGUCUAGAUGUGGCUUAUAUCGUACAGACCACUAACCCCUUAGACAAAAUCUGGUUCAUAAAGACCCAAUGCUACUAUAGGAUGUCCUACUUAUUUUGCAUUUGCAGCACUAUAUAGCCCUGUAGCCAAUAAAGUGAUGGGACUUUCCAUUUUGAUAUAGGAUUGUUAAAGGCUGAUUUGUUAGGAAAUAUUAUGUCGUGUUUUUUUUUGUUUGUUUUUUUAUUUUUUUUUAUUCAACGUUUAUUGCAGCAUAUGUUGCUGAUAUACAAGACAGGAUUGCAAAUCAUUGCCACACAAUGACAGAGUACAUAGCUGAUAGAUAACAGUUAUGGGUAUUAAGAUGUAAGUCGGUGCGAAAUAACAAAAUCUGCAAACAUAUAACAAGUAGUGUGGUGACACAACAAUAUAUAAACCAAGAUGCGUAUAUGUAUUCUACAUAUAGCGAAUAAAUGAAAGAGCGUGUAGUGGUUCAAUAAGACAUUUGGUUUCCCAGCCGAAGCAGGUCCGCUUAAUACAGCGCUUUGAAAUUAAGCCUUAGUUGGCUUAUGUGAUAGUAUGGCUUUGUCAUGUUAGAUUAGUCAAAGUUGACAUGGGUGCGUAUAAGAUUCAGAGUGGCUAGGCCCAAGAGUGAACGAAUGUUUCAGGAGUGUGUUAUAUAAUAUUACAGCAUAAUAUUGGCCCUGUCAGACAUGGGUAACUGAUGACAAACAAAGUUUAUGAAAUGUAGGUACUUAAACUCAAAAAGAAAAGACAAGAUAAUAAAAAUUGUAUUUAAAUAAAUUUAAAAAAAUUAAUUAAACAUUAGAACAAAGCACCAAUGAUCCGUGCCCAGGUGGGGAAAGAAAAAUAAAUAGUUUUAUAUACAAAAAAUAAAAUAGUUUUAUUGAAAAUCUGGUCCAAUUCCCUAUGGAGAUGGGACAGAAAAAGGGGAAAGGCCUAUGAAGAUCCCCCCUCCGAACACCAGUGGACCGAUGUCUCUGGGGGCCUUAAACAAGCACACAGCCAGGCGUUGCCAGAUGCCAAAUAAAAAUAAAUGAAUAGGUAAAUGAUGGGGGAAAAAAAUGGUUUGACAUGACUGGUGUCCCUUUUACUGUCCAGUGGCUAGUUAAGGUCAGCAGUUAAGCAAACAAGGGUAUGCAGGCUGUCAGCGACUUGUAAGCUUUGGGUCCCUUAUGUUGUAUAAUCCUUCUCUCACCACCAAUACUUCCAAUUGGUAUCCUUUUGAGAGAAAUCCACUCUGCGUUGUGUUUUUAAUAGUGAAUGUAAUAUCCCUGUGUAACCUCUUCCAAGAACUAACAUAUAUCUUUAUCCCCUUAUCCAGAUAAAUAUACGACUAGAACUACUAAGGUAUUCUACCCAAUAUUACAAAUAAACAGCCAACACCAUAGUUCUUACCAGAGAGAAAUCUUUACUUAGAAUCUGCCCAAUUCAAUAUUACAGAAGAAGAAUGUUACAGAGUUACAGUAUUACAGUUACAAUACAUUCAUAACACUCAUACAUUCCAUCUAUCUAAUAUCUACUGUAUUGUGUAUGUGCUGUGGGAUGUUAUGUGCAGCAUGUGUCUUACCAAAACCUAAUCUAAUGUGAUGUCAGUAUCUUCUAUUUUUAAAGGAAUUGGUUCCCAUGUUGUAAAUAGCCAAUUCCUCAGCUCAAUUUGACAUGGAAAUGUGAUUUCCUUUCCCAAGGCCCAAAGUGUUGUCUAUCCUGUUAUUUUAUUUAAGUGUUAACUUUCCCAGCCAUCCCUUUGUCUCUAACCCAAUGUGUGUUUUCCUAUAUAGGGACUCCUUUGACCAGUUGAUCUGUAAAUGUGAUUUCCUUUCCCAAGGCCCAAAGUGUUGUCUAUUCUGUUAUUUUAUUUAAGUGUUAACUCUCCCAGCCAUCCCUUUUCCUCUAACCCAAGGUGUGUUUUCCUAGAUAGGGACUCCUUUGAAGACCAGUUGAUAUGUAAAUGUGAUUGGUGCCUUUCAGGUGCUGUAUCUUUUCAGCUAUCUAAACAGAAACUCCCUUUGAAGAUAAUUCCUGACCUCCCAUACACACAGACUUAAUCAAGCACAUAUUAAACAGAUAUAUACAUAAUAUUUUCCCCAACACUCCCCCACUUGAAUAAGAUCUAAUAAGGAGAUUAUUCACAUACAGCCCCGCCUCCCACUCUGAUUUCUGUACAUUAAAAAAAAAUUAAAAAAAAAAAUCAAAGGAAGACAUAGACCCACACAUAUAUUUUAUAUCCCUAAAAUGGAUGUGAGCUCUAAUUUUUCCUGCUUUGUAUGGAUUUUUUUUAGUUCUUUCCUCCAACAGCAAUAUAAAAUGAAUAGAGAACAGAUUAAAACAAAUUGUAGACAAACAAAUAUUACAGAAGCAGUUCUUAAUCCUGGGUGUGUGUAAGUAUUGUAGGGUAUGCUCCACCAGGGCUCUUGAAAACUAUUUGUUAAAUCAUUAAGGCUAGCUACAUUUUCCUUCACCAGCUCUUGCAAUUGCACAACCCUUCGAUUAUUUCUUUUAAAUAAUGUAUCCAAAUCUACAUUAAGUGGCGGGAUUUUCUUAAAAAGUGAGGGAGCCAUUUUAUUCCAAUUUCCUAGAUCUUCCUGUACCACGUCCAUAGAUCUUUGUGUGAGUUGGAUAUUGGCUCUUAUGACCUCUUUGCCCACUUUCAUGGAGCCAUAGGUAAGAUUAACACACCAUCCUGUUGGGGGUACCCUACAUUGUAUUGUUUGCUGCCACAGAACUGAAGAUACUCCCAGUGCGCAGAUCGUGGGACCCUGUCCGUGCACCACUCUUUUCCAACCAUUUAGGGGUUUGUGAAGGUGAACAGGGCAGCUCCCUGAGUUUUCCACCAUGCACCCAUCUGCCUGGACUAGUGGUUCUAGUACACAGGAACAAAGCCAAGCAUUACCACAUCUGUCACAGCAACUGGGGUUGAUAACUUUCCAGAACUGGUCUUCUUUUAUUACUAAGCGAGUUUGUGGAAGGAAUUGCUUUAAAACAUUAGUGCGAUUAGCCACUUCCAACUCACCAAACAUAGUCAUCUUAUAAACAGGUACAGGCUGUUCUGUCCAAACUGGAAUGUCAAUUAUUAAUGGAAUUACCUUUUUUCCUAAUUUGCACUUAUUGCACCAACCCUGCAGACCUUUAAUUUUGGAAAGGACUACAUUCUGACAAUCUAUGCCAUAUUCCCUAACCAGAUCAAAGACUAGGGUAGAAUUGAUUAUUCUGGGCCAUUCCCCUCGUUUUAUUUCUUGGAGGCCUAAAUUUAGAUGUUCGUCUAGUAAAUUUCCAACUAUACCACAUACCAUAGCUUUAGAUACAUUAUUGUUAUUAACUGAUUCUCUGAGAGCAUUCACAGAUAUAUUGAUCCACUGCAAAUCUGCAGCAACUGUGUGAAUGUUCUGUAUCGUGACAUCAGUUUCAGCUAGAGUGUUAAAAUCCUCGUCCCUCUUUAAGCAUAAUUUGCUGCAACCCAUUAACAUAAUUUUGUUCUCGUGAGUUAAGACCCUCUAUGUCUGCCCUAUUCCAAAUUGAUGUUCCCAAACUGAGUCCUGAGAUUAUAUCAGUACCCAGAUCCCUUUUUUCUCUCUCUCUAAACUUGAGCCCUUGUGUUGCAUCCCAGAACAGAUUAAUAUGUGCUUGAAAUACAUUUUUAAACCAUUCUUUCAUCAUCUCUGGGCAACUCUCUGGUAUAUUAAAUAAUGAAAAAUUUAACAAUAAUGGUAAUGUUACAUAAGAUAUAUCAGUAUACACAACAGUUUGUGUUGGUUGUAAGAAAAGGCCAUGCUCUGGCCACAGGGUGGUAGUUGGACAGUCCUGAAUUGCUGGGUCAACUGUAUCAUGUAAUCCAGUCUGAUGGGGGCUGCAUGUUACAACACCAUCCUGGGAAAAUGUAAAAUUUCUUUCAAGCAGCAUCUUUAUCCUCAUUUCAUUUGUGGUAUUGGCCCAAAAUAUACUUGUACUCUUAUGUAAAUCACUUCCUCCUGGAUAUUUCCAAACUGCAAAUUCAGAGGGAAGGUUAGUUUCAGGCAUUGAAAUAUUACAUUGUACCACUAUCCACCCCCCUAUAGGCCCAACCGCUGUAAGAUUAUCUUUACAUGUAACGUCAGGUGAUUGUUCCUUUACUUUUAAUGUUACAAUGAUAUUCUCUGAAUCUUCUGAACUCCUUUUCUCCCUAUGAUAACCCUCUACUGGAGUACUCUGAUGUACCAUUUUAUUGUUAUUCUUCUUCAUGACAUUCCCUUUUGCUAAGCUAUACAAUAUAUACAUAGAAAACGAUACACAUAACCACCACAUCACGACAGCUGUUUUCUUGCACUUCAUAUUCCUUAUGUGGGCUGCUCUUCCAGGGAUCCACACCAUCUCCUAUUAUCUGGAAAAGAGAACUAAGAGAAUAUGUUAACAUUUACAUUAACUUGGCACAUCAUUUUUUCCUCUAAAGGCUUUUAUUUGACAUGCAUGCGUCCAUCUAAAGUUCUCAUCUCCCACAUCUAACAAAUACACAGAGGGUCCAAUUUUGUCAAGCACAAAAUAUGGACCUUUCCAUUUAGGUUUUGGAAAUGGGUGGUGAGGGGAAAAAUCUUGCAACAUUACUCUGUCUCCAAUCUGAUGCUCUGUUAUAUCCCCUUUUGCAUUAAACCAUUUUUGAGUGGCCUUGUGAGUGCAUUCAUCGGUAGCACAGAGAGAUUUAUGUACUGUCAAAAUAUGCUCUUUCAGAUUUCCAACCCAGGCUUCAGAUAAUGCUACUGUGUCUAGGGCGGGUGGGAGAGGAUUUAGUAAAUGUUCCCAAGUCCUCAUAGUUCUCCCUAAUAAAGCUUCAUAAGGGGCAAACCCUGUUGAUCUGCACACUCUGGAACGAAUAGUUGAUAGAACAAAUGGUAAUUUUUCAUCCCAGUCUGUUCCUUGUGAAUUCACAACCUUUUUUAAUGCAUCUUUUACAGUCCUAUUCAUUCUUUCAACCUGCCCAGAAGAUUCUGGGUGAUAGAAUAUGUGAAACUUGUGAAUUAUUCCCAGUAAGUUACAUGUUUCCGCUAUGACAUUACUAAUAAAGGCUGGUCCACUAUCACUGUCCAUAACCUUUGGAAUUCCCCACCUGCUGAAAAUUUCUUUCACAAGUAUUCUGGCUGUAUUGAUCGCAGUACAAUUUUUUGUUGAAAAUGCCUCUACCCAAUGACUAAAUGAGUCAACUACCAUAAGAAUGUAUUUAUUUUGGUGGACAGUAUUCGGUAGUUCACCAGUAUAAUCAAUUUGAAUACGUUCCCAUGGUCCCAUGGGUGCCUGUCUCAUCAAAGCCCCCCUCCUUUUCCUGUUAGUAGGAUCAUGUCUAGCACAUUCUAAGCAGGAUUGUAUGUGAUCCUCCAUAUGUACAAUACUUUGGGGCCACCAAGCUACAUGGUCUAAUCUUUCACUUGCUAACUGGAGCUUUGGGUGCCCUCCUACAGGAGAGCCAUGAAUCCACGUGAGAAUAUCUUUUCUCACCCCUUUUGGAGCAAACCAAACUGGAAAAUCCUUCCUGUCUGUGACAAGCAGGCCUUCUUUUAAAUACAACUCCUGCCCUUCAUAGACUAUUGGUCCUGCCUCACAAGAUUUUCUCAGUGCUCCUAUUUCCUCAUCUUGUUCUUGUAGUUUAGCCAAUUCACCUGUCCUCUCCUUUGUCUCUUUUGCCUGUGCCCUUGUUAUAGCAGCUACGGGUAUUGAAGUCAUUGCUGUUAAUAAAGGCCAUUCAAGGGCAGCUUCUGCUGCCUCUUUUGCCAGUUUGUCAACUUUGUUAUUAUGGUGAUGUUCUACUGUCUCCUUUCUAUGAGCUUGCACCUUCCUGAUAUUGACUUUAACAAAAUAUUUAGCAUUUUCCUCUAUGGCUUGCCAUAAUGAUGCAUACUUUAUCUCACUGCCAUCCGUUCCUUUGAAACCCAUCAUUUUCCACCAUGGUAGAUACACCGCAGCUCCUUUACAUACCUGAUCUGAAUCAGAAACAAUAUUAACAACACCACCAUAUUCCUCCAUUUUCUUAAGAACUUGCAACAGUGCAGCUAUUUCAACAUACUGUGCUGACACGGCCUUACACGAAAAUGCAAACUGAUCCUGAAUGUGACCCUCUUUCACACAUAUACCAGCAAAUCCUGCUAUCCUAUGGCCAUCUUUGUAAUAUGAUGACCCAUCAAUGUACCAACAUUCUGUGAGGGGAUCAAAGGGUUCUGAUACAGCUUUGAACACAUCAUGUUGUAAACUAGCUCCAAAGACUUUACAUGUAUGAGGUUCACCCUCUAUAUGGAGCCCUCCCACCAACACGCUAGGCUCUUUCAACAUCAAUCCUUUUAUGUUUUCUGAUAAUAAAGCAGUAGUCCAUCUUGCAAGUCUUUUACUGUUUACAUCACCUUCUUUCCAUUUUCCAUUUGCUAGCAAAACUAAAGGAGUAUGGUGACUAGCAAUUACAACAGUCUGAGUCCCAGUUAAAUAUCUGAAUUUGUUUAUUGCCCAAUAGCAACAUAAUACCAUUCUAGUGCACAAAGGAUACUUUUGUUCCACUUGUGUCAACAACCUUGAUGCAUAAGCUAUAGGUCUUUGUUUUCCAAAACACUCUUGAGUCAAAACAACUGACAAUGAUGUGGGGCCAACAUGUGGAUACAUCCUGAAUUCUUUAUUUGGAUCAGGGGCAGCUAAAGUUGGGGCAUUUCCCAAUGCAUGUUUUAGAGUCUCUAUAGCCUGUGUAUGCUCUGCCUCCCAUUUCCACUUAUUUUUCAAAAGAUCAUAUAAGCACUCUGUCAUUUCUGCAUACUGAGGAACAAAGUCUCUGCAAAAUCCAGUCAUACCAAGAAAUUGCCUUAAGCAACGUUCAUCUGUAGGUAGAGGAAUUUUCCCAAUCAACUCUACUCUUUGUUCAUUAAUACUCCGCCCUGACUUCCCUAUGGUAACCCCAAGAAAUUGAACUUGCUCUUUUCCAAGCUGUAUUUUUUUAGGAUUUAAUUUUAAUCCUGCUUCUCUCAAAAGCUGCAACAAUUCUUGGACAUCAUUUUUAUGCUCCUCCAUUGAAGGAGAACCUAGCAAAAUGUCAUCCACAUACUGAACAAUCCUUUCUGACUUUGAAAAUCUAUCUACCACUUCCUUCAUAACACUCAUACAUUCCAUCUAUCUAAUAUCUACUGUAUUGUGUAUGUGCUGUGGGAUGUUAUGUGCAGCAUGUGUCUUACCAAAACCUAAUCUAAUGUGAUGUCAGUAUCUUCUAUUUUUAAAGGAAUUGGUUCCCAUGUUGUAAAUAGCCAAUUCCUCAGCUCAAUUUGACAUGGAAAUGUGAUUUCCUUUCCCAAGGCCCAAAGUGUUGUCUAUCCUGUUAUUUUAUUUAAGUGUUAACUUUCCCAGCCAUCCCUUUGUCUCUAACCCAAUGUGUGUUUUCCUAUAUAGGGACUCCUUUGACCAGUUGAUCUGUAAAUGUGAUUUCCUUUCCCAAGGCCCAAAGUGUUGUCUAUUCUGUUAUUUUAUUUAAGUGUUAACUCUCCCAGCCAUCCCUUUUCCUCUAACCCAAGGUGUGUUUUCCUAGAUAGGGACUCCUUUGAAGACCAGUUGAUAUGUAAAUGUGAUUGGUGCCUUUCAGGUGCUGUAUCUUUUCAGCUAUCUAAACAGAAACUCCCUUUGAAGAUAAUUCCUGACCUCCCAUACACACAGACUUAAUCAAGCACAUAUUAAACAGAUAUAUACAUAAUAUUUUCCCCAACACCUUAGGGCGCCGAUCAUCCGUCCGGCUCCCCCAAUCAGUCCUAUCCCACUCUCAGAGUAUUCUGUAGUACAGUGGGCACUCAGAGGCAGGGUAGUCCACUAGGCCCCCCCACCAAGAGUCCAUGGAUCAUCUGCCACCUGCACCUUCAGAGUCUCCAAAAUACAUGUGUCCCCAUAUGUCUCACCCAUCACAGGCCACACACUUGGUGCACGCAUGCGUCAACCGCGGAUACCGGUAUACCAGAGAGUUGCACAACCCAGCCCCACAGGGCUCACUAUGCUGGGGACAAAAUCUCUCCGGGCCACCCUCGUACCCAGCUAAUUGGGUCACCACAAUUUCAGUAGGCAGGCCACCCAGUGGGCUCUAGCAGUAGGUCAGCAGCCCCUCGGGGCACAGUGGUCCUAUGAUGCAGCCUAGGUCUUCAGGUCAGUAUACCGUCUUGCAGCCAUUGAUAGAAGCAAAAGUGAUGUUGCAGUUGUGCUACCCUCAAUAAUGAUCCAUAGUACGACCAGGGCUCAGAUCCGUGGGGCGGGAUAACCCCCACCGGCCAAGGAGGGCAGCGGGGACAGGCCUCAAUCUGUCAUGUGCUGUGAUCAGUGUGGACUCAUGAUUUGUAUUUCCAUCUGCCUUGUGGCCUGUAUCAGCAGACUGGUGAGUUGUAUAUUAUGUGGCUCAAUAGUACACGUAGGCCCGGAGCGCUGGCGUGUAUAGGUAGGUGCUGCGAUCUGUACCAAACCGCGAUCCCUGGAAUUCCAGUAACUUCCGCUUCAUUGAUUAGUAUCUGAUGUUUUGAGGGGCACUGUGGGUGCCUUGUUUGCCGAUUUAUAGGGCCCGGAGCCGAGGGAAAUGGCUGCGGCUCAGCUCGGCAGCCCCGCCCCGCCUCCCAUGUCAUUGGUUCUUAACCACUUAUGGACCACGUUAUGUGAUUGUCUGUGUAAGUCUUUAACGCCCAUUGAUGACACAGACUGUCAUGCCUUAAAAGUACUGGUAACCUCAAAUAACUGCUGUACCAGGGAGACCCAGGUAUCAUUGGAUAUCUGAAGGACCUCUGUGUCAGUAGGGGCACAAUUUGUGUAUCCAGACUGACCGAUAAGCUAUAUAAAUAGCGCUUAAAGUGAGCGCUGCAUGUAGACUUUUAAAUCCCCACAGUGAUUUUGAGUCUGCCGCCACAACGAGAGAGACGCCCCGUGGUCUUAAAAAAAAUUAAAAAAAGAAAAGAAAAAACUGUUCACGUCUCUAUGCAGACCUCACUGUUCAGUGAUCAGUGCUGGGCUUUGACAGGUGCUCAGCACUGGUCACUUUGUGCAGAAGCUGCAACAUGAGAGAUCUUCUUGUGCUGCAGUCACAAAGUACAGCAGAGAAAUUCCUCUGUGUUGGGAUUAGGGUUAGCACUGUGAGUUGGAUUAUGCGUAGGAUUAGUGGAAAGAUUAGGAUGGGAUUAGGACCAAAGGUAUACAAAUGGGAUAUCAUUGUACUCCAGAAAAGUAGCAGAAUACAAAUAUUGGGUCUUUACAGUAGUGGGAACAUAUAUGUGGUCUGUGAAUUCCCCAAAAGAGAACCACGCCAAUUUAAAUGUAAUCUUGACUAAAGUUAGUGAUAAAAUGGUUAAACAAAAAGGGUUAAAAUCCUUCAUAAAGGGGAAGAGCCUGACACCUGAACGGAGUGGAUGUGCAGAGCCUGAGCUCCUGUAUUUUGGGGUGCUGAUCCCUGCCAACUUGCACCAACUCCCACCUUAGAGUAGCAUCAGUGCCUGGUCCCCAGAGAAACAAUCAGAAGCUUCCCAUAAGCCUACAGCCUGUCUGUGACUCGAGACUCUGUGUGAGCGACUGGGGACGGAGAGGGGGAGAGGCGGCCGAUCUCCUUGCCUUCAAGAUUCCAGUCCGGUUCCACUGACCUUUUUGUGGUAUUACACACAUCUGUCUAUAGAAACUGGUUACCUAUGUAUUUUAAAAUGUAGAGAGCUUUUUUAAAAAAAAGACCUCUUUACCCUUUUCUUUCUAUGUAUUAUUUUUAUUUUUUUUAUUUCCUCCUCCCUACUUUAACUUUUCAUUAUCCCCCAGAUUUUCAACAGAUGAAGGACAAUGUUGGUUUAAUUAUACAUUUACCAAUGACUCUGUUAUGUUCACUGGUUUGGCAUCUGAGCCAGGUGCUCGUUCCCUAAAUGUCACAGUAUGGGGUUAUCGCCCAAGCUACCAGCAACGUGUCUGGGUGUCUUACACUGUUGACUUUGCCGUUCUCCUCCAGAAAAUCUGUAAGUACCCCUGUAACAUCAUGAUCGUUGUGCAUAUUUAAACAAAAUAGAAUUUAUCAUCAGCCUAAUAAAAACCUAUACACCUGAAAAGUCUCAAUGUACGCCAUGCCAGAUAUUCUGGGCUAUCUACAUUCCCAUAAAUGUGCUAUAAUCUGUGUGUAAAAUACUAGAGAAAUAAAAGGAUAUUGGUUUAAAAUUUCACUCCAAGCUCCAUAACCACUACAGCCUGGAGCCCAGGUCAAGUUGUUCUAAAUGGGCAAUUCUGGAACCUUUUGAUUGUGGUGUUUGGAGCAUUCAUUUAAUCUCCUUUAGUACCAGAAGGUGUUUUUUGUUUUUUUAUAUAUAAAUGAUUAUGUAUUUAUUAUGGAAGUGUGCAACACAUUAAGCAUUAGAGCAUUGUAUUGUCAAGAACACUCUGAUAUAUACUGUAUUAUAUGUUAAUGGACUAAUUAAACGUAGAAACUGUUUUACCAGGAUUCACUGAGAUUGAAUUUGAAAAGCACUAAUUUUGUCCAUCUAUUAAUUGAUAUAAUAGGUUCUGGUCUUGGUCUUAACAUAUUUUAUAGGCCUAAAACUAAAAUUCUUUUUAUAAAGAACUGAAUAAAAUUUCUUCUCACCACCAUAAUAUAAAAAUGUAAAAAGUGUGCAUGUGGUGAUUAAAUCCAAGAAGACGCGUUGAUACCUUUUGUGAAGCCAGGUGGAAAUAUAGCUUCCCAUAUUUACAAAUUCUAUUCUCUCUGAAACCUUCCUUACACCUUUACUUGCCAUUCUUUGCUGCCCCACUUUAUUUCUCUCCACAGGUGUUGAGGAUGACUAUAUUAAGUGGUUGUCACAUUCAACGGACCCCGGUGCACCAGCUGAUGGUUGUGUUUUAGGAUAUAAAGAGCAUUAUCUACGUCUCCGAAAAUCUUCCAUGUGUCAAAAUGGACGGGACUAUUUUGUGAACCGAGAAAACACAUAUUGUACUUGCACGCUUGAUGACUACAUGUGGUAAUAGCACAUAUACUAAUUUUUUAUUUCUUCCUGGGAAAGUGUACUCGAAGACCCCCUAGUGCCAUUUAUCUGACUCUGUUCUCUCUUUCCAGUGACUUUGGAUAUUUCCGUAAGGAGAAUGAGUCUGAAUGUCAUGAGCAGCCAGAGCUCCGAGGCCAUGAGCUAGAUCUGUGUUUGUUUGGAGAAGAGGAGAAACUCACAACCAGUGGGUGAGUGAAUGUUGAUUCUUCUUACUAAUCCUUGACAGAAGUAGCAUUGCCCUCUGUUUUCAUGGAAUUCUGAAAGACAUUCUUAAUCUCGAGUUGGGAUUGAAUAUUCCUCAGGAAAGAAGCAGUAGAAUACAAUCAUCUUUUAUGUCCUAUUAUUCUAAUUCUGUUGGGUUCCUAUGAGUUUCUACAUAGUCCUCGAUUUUAAUCUGUUUGUGGUUAUUUCUGUUGCUGAUCCAAGCUAUUGAAAAAAGUAUUCAAAUGAUUUAUUUACAGAAGUAACCAUUAAAGUCCAUGGGAUUUUUUAGAUCAUUUUUAGAUCAAUCAUUUUCAUUUAGUUCAUUUUUUUCUAACAGAUUAUGAUCAUUUCUGAUGCUGAGAUCAUAGUAAUUUUUAUGGAUCUUGAAGGAAGUACCUGCUAGGAGAGAAUAGGUGUUUUUACAGAUCAGACACAUUGGCUUUCUUGCUUUACGCAGGACAUCCCAAAAAGUGUAUUAUGUCUAUGAUGGUUGAAUUAUAUAAACAUAUAUUCCAAACGCUAUAGUAUUCUAGAACCUGUUUAGAUGGAAUUAUGAGCUUCUCUAAAACCAAACCAGCACAGAAGGUUCCUAACAGAGCCCUGUGGUCUCUAGGCCCAACCAAUGCUGAAUAAGAGUUCUGUGAACUUUCCAGCUGGUAUAUUGCUUCUCAACAGCAGACCGCCUUUGCAAUAAGGUUAAUGAUAUUAAGUUGCUAAAAUGAUUGCACUUCAUAGGAGGAAGGGCUAUAGAAAAAAUGAAAAGAAAGUUACCAUCUCAUCCCAAUGUGCAUGCCACAGUUUACACAAGAAACUUUUAAUGUGACUGAAACUUUCACAAUCCCCUUUGGAAGAAAAACAGCUACAUAAAACCUUGUAGUAGUAUCUUUUUCUUUCUAAAUUUUUCAUGCUUCGCUUACUGAGCCUUUAAUAUGAGUAGGUGUGUUGGGAGCUGUAGUUCUAUGAAAGCUGCUUAAUUCUAAGUGGUAUUUUCAUUUUGGCCAUUUUGUAUAUAUUCUCUGACCCCAUUUUUGAGAUUCACUGUGGAGUCGAAUUUUAGGCCAAAGUAUAUCAGAACCGGAAUUCUCCAAUGCUACUUUUUUAUUUUUUUCAUCUUUGUCAAAAUUCCCUAACUAACCAUGCCAGUGUACCCGAAGUCUCUCAUUAUUUUGUAAUGUCUGCAGCUACAGAAAGAUUCCUGGAGAUAAGUGUGCGGGAGGAAUGAAUCCAGUGCGAGAGGAAAUGGACCUGAGAAAAAAAUGCACAAAUGGCCUAGAACAAAAAUCACAGGUACAAAAACAUUAAAUCCACACUGAACCGAAUAUUCCUUUUCACUUGCAUUCCUUUCUAGUUUGGUUUCAUGUAGGGAAAGGAAGGGAACAUGAACAGAAUAAAAACUUCAUUUUAAAAAGGUCCCUUCUGAGCGCUAUAACCACAACAGCUUAUUACAGUCGUGAUUGCGCAAGGAAUCUAUUUUGUGCAAGUCUACUAUAUAUAUAUAUAUAUAUAUAUAUAUAUAUAUAUAUAUAUAUAUAUAUAUAUAUAUAUAUAUAUAUAUAUAUAUAUAUAUAUAUACAUAUAUAUAUAUAUAUAUAUAUAUAAUUUUUUUUUUUUUAAAUGAAGUGACGUGUACAGUGAAUGUAUUAUAGUGCAUACCUCCAUCUUCCCACAAUCCCUUGUACACAUUUUCUCAUGCCUGAAUCGUUGCAUGUAUGCAUUAGUUUCACAUAUGUAUUUUCUAAAGGGAUUCUAUAGUGUAAGGAAUACAACCGUGCAUUCCUCACACUGUAAUUCCCAUGGCCCCAUUCCCACCCUUCCCCGGCAUGGAAAAGGUUAGAAAACCUUUUUAGCACUUACCUGAUUCCAGCACCGGUCUCUCUGACAUGGGAGGGUGUUUAGGAAGCUAAUGCGCAUAUAUGCUGGGCGCAUUUGGCCCUCCCCUUUGCUUCAAUGCUUUCCUAUGGGGAUUUUACAGCCACUAGAGGCAGUCUUAGUCCUGCAAUGUAAUGAUGUAAACAUUGCAGGACUAAGUGGGACUGGGACCAGACCACAUCAAUAAGCUGAUGUGGUCUGGGUGCCUAUACAGGGAGUGCAGAAUUAUUAGGCAAAUGAGUAUUUUGACCACAUCAUCCUCUUUAUGCAUGUUGUCUUACUCCAAGCUGUAUAGGCUCGAAAGCCUACUACCAAUUAAGCAUAUUAGGUGAUGUGCAUCUCUGUAAUGAGAAGGGGUGUGGUCUAAUGACAUCAACACCCUAUAUCAGGUGUGCAUAAUUAUUAGGCAACUUCCUUUCCUUUGGCAAAAUGGGUCAAAAGAAGGACUUGACAGGCUCAGAAAAGUCAAAAAUAGUGAGAUAUCUUGCAGAGGGAUGCAGCACUCUUAAAAUUGCAAAGCUUCUGAAGCGUGAUCAUCGAACAAUCAAGCGUUUCAUUCAAAAUAGUCAACAGGGUCGCAAGAAGCGUGUGGAAAAACCAAGGCACAAAAUAACUGCCCAUGAACUGAGAAAAGUCAAGCGUGCAGCUGCCACGAUGCCACUUGCCACCAGUUUGGCCAUAUUUCAGAGCUGCAACAUCACUGGAGUGCCCAAAAGCACAAGGUGUGCAAUACUCAGAGACAUGGCCAAGGUAAGAAAGGCUGAAAGACGACCACCACUGAACAAGACACACAAGCUGAAACGUCAAGACUGGGCCAAGAAAUAUCUCAAGACUGAUUUUUCUAAGGUUUUAUGGACUGAUGAAAUGAGAGUGAGUCUUGAUGGGCCAGAUGGAUGGGCCCGUGGCUGGAUUGGUAAAGGGCAGAGAGCUCCAGUCCGACUCAGACGCCAGCAAGGUGGAGGUGGAGUACUGGUUUGGGCUGGUAUCAUCAAAGAUGAGCUUGUGGGGCCUUUUCGGGUUGAGGAUGGAGUCAAGCUCAACUCCCAGUCCUACUGCCAGUUCCUGGAAGACACCUUCUUCAAGCAGUGGUACAGGAAGAAGUCUGCAUCCUUCAAGAAAAACAUGAUUUUCAUGCAGGACAAUGCUCCAUCACACGCGUCCAAGUACUCCACAGCGUGGCUGGCAAGAAAGGGUAUAAAAGAAGAAAAUCUAAUGACAUGGCCUCCUUGUUCACCUGAUCUGAACCCCAUUGAGAACCUGUGGUCCAUCAUCAAAUGUGAGAUUUACAAGGAGGGAAAACAGUACACCUCUCUGAACAGUGUCUGGGAGGCUGUGGUUGCUGCUGCACGCAAUGUUGAUGGUGAACAGAUCAAAACACUGACAGAAUCCAUGGAUGGCAGGCUUUUGAGUGUCCUUGCAAAGAAAGGUGGCUAUAUUGGUCACUGAUUUGUUUUUGUUUUGUUUUUGAAUGUCAGAAAUGUAUAUUUGUGAAUGUUGAGAUGUUAUAUUGGUUUCACUGGUAAUAAUAAAUAAUUGAAAUGGGGAUAUAUUUGUUUUUUGUUAAGUUGCCUAAUAAUUAUGCACAGUAAUAGUCACCUGCACACACAGAUAUCCCCCUAACAUAGCUAUAACUAAAAACAAACUAAAAACUACUUCCAAAAAUAUUCAGCUUUGAUAUUAAUGAGUUUUUUGGGUUCAUUGAGAACAUGGUUGUUGUUCAAUAAUAAAAUUAAUCCUCAAAAAUACAACUUGCCUAAUAAUUCUGCACUCCCUGUAGUGUCCAUUUAACUGAAGACUUAUACUGAUUUCUUAUUUCCCUUUAGUACUAUUUAAACUGGACCCAUCACCUUAUUACAUGGUAACCCCAGUAUGUGAUAUUGACUAAUUUUGUAGAUGUGAGUGUGCCAGAGACAAAAUAUCCUUGCAUCUGCUUCCAUUGUGCCAGAUAUGCAUGUGACUGCUUAGGCAUUCCUGUAACAACCUGGCAUAGUAGAUCUCUCAUUAUUAUUAAUAAUAAUACUUAUCUUAAUAUGUAAUGGGAUUUCUCACAAGGACAUUGUGGAACUGUGAAUCACCGUAGGUUGAGAAUUACCCAUUUGAAGUCUUACAAGGUUAGUUACUAAAGCGGGAUUUAACAAUUCUUAUUUUAGUGAAUAACCCUGAUAGAUAGAUAUCAUACUUCUUUGUAAGUCUUAUUUUUUUUUGCUGUCUCUUUAGGAUGGAGCGUACUCGAGCCGAAUCCCUGUCAUUCUAUCGGUGGUUAUUGUUCUACUAGUUGCUGUUGCUGCUGCUGUCCUGAUAAUCAAAAAAUAUAUCUGUGGAGGGAGGUGAGAGUGAUGGGUUUGUAGGGAGCAGUUAGAUCUCUUAACAGUACACAUUUUUCAAUGACCCAUUUGUGUCUUGCAGAUCAUUGAAUCCCAUUUUUCUAUUCUGCUCAUUUUUUUCAAUACAGGUUCUUUGUGCAUCGAUACUCUGUCCUGAGACAGCAUGCCGAUACACAGGGGGAUGAGCCACUUGACACCAGUAUUACAGAUCCACGACGGGGCGGUCAUUUUCAUGAUGACUCUGAUGAGGUGAGAGCGUGUUUAACCUGUUGGAAACCUCAAUUUGUAAAGAUUGAACAGGUUUCAAUCUGUUUUUUUUGUUUCUUUUUUCUUUCUUUUUAGGAUCUUUUAGAGUGAUAUCUGCUGCACUUUGCUGUGGCCUAAAGGAUCAUAUGAGAGCCAGCUCAAGGCUUGAAUAGUUGAAUUGAUUUAUGGACUUCACUUCAAGAGGAAGUUCAAGUGAGCUCAAGGAUGCUGGAGUGUAUCAGGAACUCCUUUCUCAUCCUGCUCCUGGCAGCAACUCAGUAGCUGGAAUGUUGACAUAGCUAUUUACAGAAUAUGGAUGGGGAUGAUAUUGAUGGUGGCAGCUUGCGGUGAAAAGCCUUUACCUAUGAGUAAUUAUCUACCAGCUCCAGGAUGUCUCCAGUUUUCUCUGCAAAUAUUCUUUCUUCUCCACCCCUCCCCCCCCUUUUUUUUUUUUCUUUCAUUUUGAUUGUUGCAAGCUUUUUGGGCUGAAAUGAUUUGGCAGUUAAUUAAAACACUGUAUAUACAGAUUAUCGCAAAACAUUCAAUUAUGUUUAAUGCACUGGUUUAAGGUUUAGGUAGUUUUAAAUUUCUGUGCAUCUUUGUAAAAAAAAAAAAAAUAAAUAAAAAAAAAUCCCCUUUAAACUCAAGCAAUAAUGGACUUCAAUGGGGACUUUUCUCUUUGCAUAACAGCUCCUUCAAAGAAAAAUAGUUUCCAAUUUACCCAUGGAUCUUUAAAAUUGCAUUACUAUUGUAUAUACUUUUUAUUUUGUAAUAUUUGCCCUAGAUGCUGAAAUGUGACCGUGUUAGACCAGGGACAGUAUGAAAAAAAAAUACAGUAUGGGAAAGCAUGUUAAAGCACUUAAGUCAGUGGACAAGCCUUGUUACCAUAGGGAAUAUAUAUAUAUAUAUAUAUAUAUAUAUAUAUAAUAUAUUCCCCAUGGAAAUUUAGACACUGAUAAAUUUUGCUUACAUUUUAUUAUACCUUUUUAGGUUCACUUUCCAUGUUUUCCGCAUCUUAGUAAAUCUCUGCCCCUUUCUGUGUAUGUAUAUUGUGGUGCAAAGUAUAUAGCACUAAAGAGUGGGAGGGCUGUAUAUAGGUUCGGUGAUUUACUUUAUAUUGGACUUUCUCUGUAUAUUUGUGCUAUAAAACUGUCAGAAUAAAUAAUUUAAAUUUUAUUCUGUUGCUUUUUUUAUUUUGUUUUGCCUUUAAAAGUAGGAUUUAUUUUGCAGCAGGGCAUAAAGCGACAUGAUGCCAUUGAUUUUAUUCAAUAGUAUCUGGAAUCUUAAAUUUGAAAUUACUUUUAGCAAGUCUGUUUGAGUGCAGGGUACAGUACAUCGUUUUAACUGGUUUUCCUGAUUAUGGUCUGGUUCACAUUAAAUCUUUCUACGUUCAAUAAUUGUUUGGUUAUUCAAGAAUUUGUACCAUGAGGGAGUACUUGGGCCAUUUGAAAAUACUUUAUAAAGUAAUCUAGAAAGGUAUGAUUUACCACUCACAUCAUCUUCCAAAUAUAUUUACAGAUUUUCAUAAAACCUAAAGGUGUUUUUGUAUGCAAUCCUUGCACCUACUACUACAGUAAGCUUUUUGGCUGUUGUCCUUAUUGUUUUUGAUUGACUAAAACUGUGAGAAUUUUGAGAACAAAUGUUCUCAAAUGUUGCUUUCCCACUGGAGAUAAGAUGAAGUGGAGAUAAGAUGAAGGGGUACUAACAGAAGAAAAACCAACAGGAGAGAAAUAAAGUAAUCAAUGGGAGAGCGAGAAAAUUAGAGGUGAAGAGCAAAUAGAUUGAUAAAGUAAAAUUUGGAGAGGUCAGCUACAGCGGGGAAAGAGAGAGAACAAGGAGCAAUGUGUAAGGGAAGUGAAAUAAAAUAUGGAAGAAUUAUCUAAGGAAGCUAAGAGUGAGAGGCAUUGAAAGAGAGACCGAACAAGCUUUGGAAUUAAGUUUCAUGAUUUUAAUGCAGAUAAGGUUAUUUACAAAUGAAGGCCAUAACCGCCAAAUUGCUAAAAUCCUGCUAUUUUGAUCUAAAAUUGUG